GACAGUUGAAAAAUAGCAGUUAAGAAUGCAGCAAAACCAUCAGUGGGCAGGGGAAAAGAAUCUGUUCAAGCAGAGGAGCUUUUAUCUUUCCUUGGUGGUAUUCCAACAGCUUCACAAGGUUGGGUAAGUGUUUAUAUAUAAUGGAGUGUCACCUUGAUGUUUUACAUUGGUGUUGUAUUUGUAUUAAGUUUUACCAUGUUUCGAAACAUUGAUUUGGAAGUCUGUUUGGAAGUUCAGUAGCAAGAAACCAACAGCACAAGAAUGUAUUUGCGUGCUAACGUUUUGGCCAUUAGUUUCGGAGCUGCCUUUGGCAUUACUUUUUAAGACCAGCAAUUGUUGCAUAGCAUACAUUGCAUUGGAGUGGGGAACCUGAAACCUUCCAGAUGUUACGGUAGUGCAACUCCCAUCAGCCCCAGUUAUAAUGGCCCAUGGUCAGGGGCUGAUUGGUGCUCUAAUCCAGAAAUAUCAGGAGGGCUACAGGUUCCCCAUAGUUACAUUUCCUUGGUCUGAUCUUAGGAGACAGCAGUGCAGGAAGCCAGUCUGUUAAAUACUCUCCCUGUGUCACCGGUUUCCUAGCGGACUAAACCUCAGCAAAUGUAAUACGUAAGCACCUUUGAACCAGUUGAAUAUAAAGGCUCCACUACUGUUUAACUGUUGUUAUGCCACUUCUCAUAGCACAUUGGGAUGCUUCUUUGUGAGUAGUGCAACUGAACAGUGGUGUAGCCUGGGGGAGUCACAGGGGUGAUUGAUUGCCCGGGGGGGCGGAAAUUGUUCGGGGUGCAAAAUUUCAACACCGGUGCUGCCUCAAUACAGCUGUGCACGUCCAUCACUGGGCUCUGUUGAAAAUAGCUUCUCUAUUCAAACUGGGAAAUGACCUUUCCAGACAACAGAACAACUUUUCUUAAUUCUGCAGUUACCAUCUUCUGGGUGAUGCGGACGCUGUUAGGCAGUUGAAUGUGCAUGCAUACUCCAUCUCCCCCCCCCCCCCAGCAGCCCUGGGUGCUGGCAACCCACACUAUGCCACUGCAACUGAUUGUCACACUGCUUCCCAGCUGUCAGAUUGGUUACAACUCUUAUCAGCUAUUCAGGUACUGUUAUGUGUUGGGAACAUCACAGGAAAAUGAACUCAUUUUUAACACAUAAUUACAUUCUUGCAAACACAACUGAAAAUGAGACAUAAUCAGGGACUCGAAUGCUUUGCAGUUCCUAGGAUAUGUUUGGAAGGUGCCAGGUUGGUACACAGUCAAUUACUUAUGUUAUAAAUGGUGUUGUUCUCUCACCUUUUGAAAGUCAUUAUUAGUGCACAAAGAAAAUAGGAAGUUAAUAAAGAAAGGGACUCAAGGAUAAAGUACUACUAACAGAAAUGCAUGUAAGGUAGGAUAGCCCAUGAAAAGAGAAGUCUGUGAAUCAAAGAUUGGUGAAAACAAAAGUAUAGCAUACAUGAGUACUUAAGGAUUAGACAUUACAAAGAUUUUAAGGAAAACCUUACACAUACUCUCCUCCAUUUAAAAAAAUAAUAUCAAUAAUUCACUAUCCUGUUCUAACUGCCUCAAUUAUUUAACAUGUUGUUUUGAGUAAGACACAGAAUAAAAAUAUUGCCCAUUAACCCCUGAUUCUAAAUACCUUUACUUUGUUUUGCUGGCACAUGCUUCCUAAUAGGAUUAAGACGGCAUAUCAGUUAUCCAACAAAUAACUGUUUUAACACUAAAUCAUGGCAACCCACCCUGUAUCCUCUUCAUAAUGGUACAAUAAUAAUUUCCUAUCCUGAGGAACUGUAUUAGCUCUUACAGUGUGAAGAGUGGUGGGAAGCUGAUAGUAAAAAAUGUAUUAGUUGAAAUGAUUACCUUGGAACAAUGAACGUUUGGUCUUACAAACAACUGCAGAAAUAAAUGUUGAAAUGACUCUGAGGUUUACCGGUAGAUGUAGGAAAAAAGGAAUGGGAUUAACCCAAAGUAAAUAACCAUAAGGAUUAAAAAACUGUACUAUUAAUAUUUAGUUUAAAAUAUAGUUUAAAAUGCUUUAAACGUUUAUCAGUGAGUCAAGUAUUUGUGCUGAAAUUUUACUUAAACAGCAAUUAUGAAUUUGUUAGGUACUUGUAUUAAGCCAACUACUGCACCAUGGGAAAGGAAGCUGAAUUAAUUCAGUAUCAGGACACACAAUCCUAUGUUCCUUGUUCUGUUUUGUUCACCACUGUAACUUAACCUGAGCUAUUGGAAAUAGCAUAAAGGACCUGUUUUGCAUGAAAAGAAAUCUGUAUUUAUUCUGAUGCAGCGUUAGGGGUUGAAGCCUUGCUUUGUUGGCUUCUUUUUUGUCAGCUUUACACUGAACAGAACCUCACUAAUCAGAUAUUAGGAGAACUAACAACACUCUGUAAAUACCUUUUGAAAUUUGGUGGAAGAAAAAUAUGGGCGGGGGGGGAAUUAGAUAGGUUCCUCUGCAAAGCUGUAAGUGAAAUUGCACCUUUAACUAUGGAUUUUUACAAAUAUACCAAUGCACAUAUAUUUUACAUUUUCACUUAAUCAUACUCUCAGGAUAGUAAACCCCUAAUAUCAAUGGACCUUAUUCCAUAUGUGCUUAGAGUUACAGGCUCAUCUUUGAACAAAUACAUUCUAGGGUUCGGAUUCCUUACAUAAUAAAUAACUGUAUAACCACUUCCUCAGUCUAGUCUAGUCAUGACUAUUGCAUGAACUAUUAGCAUCAGUGCAUGUGAAUAACACACUGUGUGAGAUGCAACCCCACACCUAGCAAAGCAUUUCACCUUGGGCUGAGUUUACUACCUCAGACAAAGGAGAUGGUGCCCCCUUUCCAUUUGCUUUACGGAAGUUGAGUGAACUUUACUUCAGUAGUACAGCAUCUCCCAUGACACUGAAGGGGAACAGACUUGCUUAGGGGAUCCAGGGACGUUGGGGGUGGCAACACUCAAUAGCUCCUGCUUAGGGUGUUAUAGGAAUUCUAAAGUCUCAUAUAUAUAUAUAAAUCAGUAUUUUCUUACAAGGGGAAGAAAACGAGAGAAGGGCACAGCUUUGUCCUCCAACAUUUUGCCACCACUCUCUGUCUCUGGUAUCUGCCAACUGAGGUGACCACCUCUCUUUGUCUAAUGCUGGGAGUGACCUGUGACUGCAGUCUUUCAUUGGAAAACAAAACCCUGACCAAAUACAUUUUAGUAAAAAUGGGUGAGUGGCAGAUAUUGCUAUCACUUUAAGAAUAUCAAAAGAAAGGUAAGCUGUUCUGUAUGCUAUGAGAAAAUCCAACUAUUAUGUCCCAGAAUCCUGGGAACUGUAGUUUGUUAAGGGUCUUGGGAAUUAUAGCUCCAUGAGAGAGAAACUACAGUUCUCAGUAUUCUUUGGGGAAAACUAUGUGUGACAUAUUUACAAUGCAAUCUUGUACAUGUCUACUCAAAACUAGGUCCCACUGAAUUCAGUGCCUCUUACUCCCAUAUACACAUGCAUUGGAUUACAGGGUAUAAAGUGCUAGGACUUUUUAAAAUAACUCAAAGUAAACACAAUAUCUGUUUUCAAUUUUGUUGAAAGACAGUUCAGUCAUUGCCAAUUUAGUAUCAUCUUAUGAAGAAAUAAAAAGCCAUCAAUAUUUUAUUACAUUUCUGCAACGGCACUUUUCUUGUCCAUCUCUGGAAAAUCUCCAAACAUCAAAAUACGAUACUGGUGAUUCAGGUUAGGCCUGUCUCCAUGGCUUUGCAAUGCUACUGGUUAAUGGCAAUUAUUUUACUGGCAAAUCUAGCAGAUCUAAUGCUAUUCCACUUUGCAUCCCCCCCCCGAAAAAAAACCCCAGAAGAAUAAAUUAGACAAGUCACUAACCAGCAGUAGACUAUCACAUAGAUAGCACAGGACAGGGUACCUUCACAUCAACCUGAAAACCAGGCUUGUGGGCCUAGAUAGGAGUCAGGCCUGCAGGUCUGCCAGUCUCUUCUGUAGUGUUACAUCGCCGUUCGAGUUGGCCGCCAAUGGCACGGGCCCAGGGACACACAAAAAUAAUGUCUCUCUACUCUGGCUCGGAGCCCGCCUGCCUGUAAGCCAGGUGAGGCACACAGGCGCCUCAGCUCCCUCCUUAGGUGACCGGCCAAGGGUUCAAGAGACAAGGGCGGCGGCGGCGGCGGCACUGGUACAGCUCCUUGCCAACAGCACAAAGAAGCCUAGGUACGCCUCUGCACGGAACACUUGCAGAAAUAGAAAUUGGCCACCUUUGAUCUACUCCCAUUUUUUCCCUGUGUUUUGCUGCAUGGGAAGUGUUGAAAUAAGGGACGUUUGGCAAGUCUAGUCCCUGGUGAUUUAUGCUUCGAGUACUACAGUAGGCACGGCCGCCUGCCUUUGCUGGGGUGGGAGGUGGGGAGCACAUCAAAAAUGCCUCGUCAGCUGAAGGUCACGGAGACGUAAUCUGCAGAGCCACUUUCCCUCCAGCUCUCUCGGUAAUGGAAUUAAGGCCCAUUAAUCUAGCGCGCUGGCGAGAGCGGGAGGCGACUCUUCCUUAGAAGGGGCACUUAGAAAAGUCAAAGAACUAUCUCUGUGGCGGGGAGGGGGCGAAGAAGGCCAGGGGGUGGGCAGCCACCUUGGUCAGAGGUGGCGGGAUGUUGUCUCUCUCUCUUUCUCUUCCCCCGCCCCUUCUCGAGUCCAGGUUUGAUGCUGCAAGGCGUGUCCGAGGCUCUGCUCAUGUGAUGGAGCAGGAGGGAGAGGCGGGCGGGAGGACCAGAGAGGAGCUUGUUCUUUCCUCCCCUCCGCCAGCUCUCUAAAGGAGUUUGCAGAAAGCUACUGGUUUCCGUCAGUCGCAGCUUGAGCGCUCUGCUGAGCGGCCGAGGCUGAGGCGAAGGGCGCAGCUGCCUAGACAGCUUCAUUAUUGCUCUCCCCUCUUUUAUCAUUCCUGGGCGGGAAGCGUCGGGUCUGGGCAGCGGAGGUGAGAGACCGGCGUCGCGAAGCAGCCGCUCACCGAAGAGAGCGAAGCCAUGGGAGCCGGCAGCUCUGCGGAGCAGCGGAGCCCGCAGGACGGGGCCACUGCAGCAGAGGAGUCCCAGCCCGGCAGCCCUGCGGGAGAAGCGCCCACGGCGGCGGCGGCGGCGGGGGCCGAGCCGGAGCAGCCGGAGGAUCCCGCCAAGGUACGAGCCUCGCUGCCAUGCUGCGCGCCUGGGAGAGCGCUAGGGGGGCUGGGGUGUGUGUGUUUUGAGGCCGCUCCGCCUCAGUCAACUCAAACUUUAGGGGGGCGCCUAAGCACCUGCGAAGGGGCUGGCGGGCACCUGCCUCCCCUUCGCCCACCCUCCGCGUCCUCUCCGACCCCCCAAAAAGGGGUGAAGUUUGGCGGGGUGGGGCGUGGCGGCCGCUCGGCUCGGCUCUCCUGAGGCGGGGAACUGCGCAACCGGCACCUCCGCAGUAAUAAACUCCUCUCUUCCCUUUGUCUGUCAGAAGAGCGGCCAAAAAAAAGUACUUGGCGCAGGCGAAGGGCGGAUGAGUAGCCGCCGAGGCGCUUCGGGGAGCCCCCAGGCCCCCCAGGAGCGCGGCCUGGCGUCGCCCCCCCCCCGCAGAUCACCUCAUGCCCUCUUCCCUGGGCGCUUUUGGGGGCGCCCUAUUGUAUUUGGCUGUUUUGCAUCUCGCCUAGUUUAGGCUCCUGUGCGCAAGGUAUUGCGGUGGGGGGGGGAGCGAGUUAAGGCAGCCUCCCCUCUUGGUUUUCCUUUUGUGUGUACGUACGGAUUGGUGUGAGAAAAGACCCCACCCUAUGGCCGGGCGGCAGGGAGUGGACUGUGCUGUGCCAGGACUGCAGUCCUGCAGUCAGCCAGGGCUUGGUGGUACCCAGGGCUGCUGCAGUUGUAGCCUCUUUUCUUUCUCAGAGGAUGAAAGUGAGAGGUGUGUGUAAUCCGAAAGUGAGGGGUGGGAGUAAGAAAACAAACGGGAAACCCAGGACUAGUCCCUUGGUGUUUUCUGCACUGACAAGUGUUUAAAAAACCAGCUCUAUCCUGCCCCCUCCUCAUAUCGAUCUGCUUCAAAGUACAGCACGUGUUCAGAAUAGAGAAGUUAUUGAACAUUCUUCAGUGUUGCAUAUUAUAUGAAUAAUGUGUAUGCAUUGGUUGCAGCGAGAUACUUGUAAAUAAAUGCCUGCAGUUUCUAGAACUACAGAUAUUCCUAUAAGUAGUAAGCUGUAUCCUUAACUAACCAAAUAAUUUUACUGAAUAUCCUCAUAAAAGUUACACAUACAAAUAGCAACAGAGAACUUAGAGAAGCAAAAAAGGCUCCCUUUUUUCUGUGCACUUUUUUGAGUUACAUUUUGCAAUUUUCCAGACAAAAUUUCUUGUUUUGGAUAAGGAUGGUUUCUUGCAUUAUGCUAUUUUUCCACCAAUAUUCCAAUAAGUAUUUUUCUUUACUUUUUAGAAAAUAGUCAGGUUUAUUAAGCACACUGAUUUAGCUCAAUAAAGUUAUUUAAAAACAAUUUAGAUACUUAUUUUAAACUCUAGAUGGAAUAUUUCAAGCUUGCUGUUUUCCUAAUCUAAUGUGUGGGUGUUUCUAAAGCUUGAGAACUGGUUGUGACUUUGUUUUUGUGACCUUGAGUCUCAGAUUUUUAACUCCCAGGAAGAAUUUUCCAUAGCUGCUGUCCUACAGUGUUCACUGUUGAGGGUGGUAUUUUCAAAAGUGUUUUAAAAAAGAAGUUAAAAUGGAACAAAUAGUUUUAAUAACUUGAAAGAAAUAUGUCUUCUGAUGACACCUUUCCAAAGUAAAAUUUCACAGUGUACGCACAGUUUGUUGCUGUGAGAUAAUUCAGCUACAGAAAUGUAACUGCAGAAAUCAUGAAAUGUGACCAAAGUAUCCGACCAAGAUGAUAAAAUAAUGCUGGCUUCAAGCUUGAGAAAGAAAAAUUCCUGCUAAGAAGGUCAAACCAGCGUCUCUUAAGCUAUGUGAAAAAGCAUAAAUGUUUCGAAUCCUCUUGUACUUUAGGUUCCAGGAAGGGACUUACGCAUUUUACCCACGUGAUUCCAGUUGUUGGGAGAAAGAUAAACCAUAUGACUAUUUUAAUAUUAGCUGUGCCAGUGUCUAGAAAGAAUUAAUCAGAAAAUGUUUAUUCAGAAACAUAAAUAUAUUAUUUUAAGUAACAUCUAGCCAAUAAUACAUUUUAAAAUGCAGUUGUUUGCAUGACAUCUUCUAGACCAGGGAUAGGCAACAUGGUGCCCUCCAGAUAUUGUGGACUGUAACUUGCCCUCAGUCCCAGCCAGCAUGGCUAGUAUGCAGGAUGAUACGCGUUGUAGUCCAAAACAUAUUGGGACCAUCAUUUUGGCUACUCCUGCGCAAGACCACAUAAAAUCAAUUAUACCACACCACCUUAACCUGUUCAAGCACCAAAAAGCAUGACCUGCUAACAAAAGCACUUUAUACUGAGUGAAAAUAAUGGAAAGUUCUGGUUCUUUCUCAAACUCCACUCCCAUCCCUUCCAUACACUUCUGUCCACUGUUCAGGUCAGUGUCUCCAGCAGAGCCAGGCAUGGCCUGGCCUGUUUUCUCAAACCUGUUCCUUCUUUCUGUUUUUCCAGAUGGAGCCUCCAGUAACAUUUUCCCACUACCAACCCAGAAUAAUUGUUUGUGGUUGUUCUGGGGAAAGAGGCUGCACAUUUCCUUCUUCACUCCUGGUUAUAAUACUCAUUAGACAUUCAGCUGAAUCAGACUAAGGGUUCAUCUAGAUUCCACUGAGGUUUUUUUGCAAAUGGUAGCUAACCAGAUGUUUCUGGGAAACCCACAUGCCUAGUACCAAAUAAAUGGCCCACUCCCAUUUUUCUAGUAUUGCAGUGGCAAAUCAGGCACUCUCUUGAUGUCAUUGGACUACAGUUCUCAUAAUCCCUGACCAUUGUCCCAAGUUGGCCUGAGCUGAUGGGAGAUGGUAUCCCAACAACAUCUGAAGGGCCACAGGUUCCUCAUCCCUGUUUUUGCAGCUGCUAUUACACAGUCUUUGAACAUAACCUUUGAUAAACUUAUCCUCCAUUAAUUUGUCUAACCCUUUUAAAAAGCCAUCAAAGCUAGAGGAUAUCACAUCUUGCAGUGAUGGAUUUCAUAAGCUAGUUCAAUGUUUAUGGCUGAUUGGAAUAAUCAGACAUACUGCCUAUGCUUUCGACAUGGGGGAGGAAAGGUAUUGCUCCCCCCAUGGUGACUCUUUUAGUGGUAACCAGGCCACCCAGUGUUGUUGGUAGUUGGAAGACUUUGCCCGCCCUUUAGGGUUGUACCCAAGUGCCACACUUUACCCCUCGCUUUCCAAAGAGAGUGAAUGAAUGAAAGAUAGCCAUUAAUCUGCAUAGGAAAAAAAUGCACACAUUGGGAUAGAGAUAACUGUCCCAAGUCCCUGAUUAUCAUAGUGCCUGUAAUGAGAAGCAGGUUUCAAUCUAAACAGUCCCAGUCUGCAUUUUUUUUCUUUGUCCAGUAAAGCUCAAUGGGAACCUGAGAGGCAUAGUAGCAACUAACUACAAAACCCUACCAUGGCCUGGAUGCUGUUUCUUAGAACAUAGGUAAAAUUGAGACAAGAGAAUUGUCUUUUUGGAACUUCCUUUGGUAUAUGUGGAUUGCAGCAAGUAUUCUGAGAGUUUGUGAUGGCAGUCCCCUGCAGCACACAAAGGAAUCAUAGAAGUGGUAUGCUAUGCUUCUACAUAACUUUAAAGUGCUUAAUUAACACCAUGUAAGUGAUAUAUACUGGCAGACUACUUUAGAAUGUAUGCUGGAAAUUCCCUAUCAUACCCCAGGGUAUAUGCUUCUACCCAGUUUUUGAUUCAUAUAAACUUAGCAGGUUGAGUUGCAGUAAUUUUGAGCCAUUCCUUAGAAUGCAUAUUACAUUGCCAGUAGUGAAGGGAAUUAUUUUGCCUCAUGCACUAAUGAGAGACCAUAACUUUCUAGUGCAGUGGGCCUUGGGCCACUUUUAGGUGACCCUCAGUGUCUCAGGCUGACCGGGGCCUCCCCACUUGCCUACUGUGCCCCAUAGCCUCAGUUGAACCAAUGCCAGCAUUAGGAGCGCCUUGCAUAUUGAGUAAGAGUGCAUGGGGUGGAGUGGUAUCAGUUGGAGGAGGGGACAUCUCUUCUAACAAAGUGUUGGAGGUGUUGAAAGCCAUUAAAAAAGUGAGAUUAAAAGUUACUUAUUAUUAAUAACCUUAAAGAUAAAAAUAAAUUAGGAAUAGAAAGGAAGGGGGUGUGAGAGAAUCUGUUAUAGGAGGAAGAAUAGAAUAUAAAAUGACCACCAAGGAGGAAUGGGAAGAUGGCAGGUUAUUGGGUGGGGGGGUAUGUGUGAAGGGGAUAAGGUAAAAAUUGAAUGUAAAAGGAGACUGGGCUUCAGUUCUUUCCAGCUAUUUCAAUAUCCUUAAGUGCUGCACUGACUAUUCUGGAAUAGCUACCUUUCCUGGUUCUAACAUAGGUUGAAAUCCAUACUUCAUACAUUUAAAAUUCAUAUAUUACCUACAAGUAGCAUUUGGUUAAGGGAUAAAUACUGUAAUUUGUAUUAAGUGACUUUAAAUAUGCAUCACACAUUAAAUAAAAGGGGAUACACAUACCCUUUUUCAUUUAAAAGUGCACAGAAUAAAUUCAGGUACUGGACAAUAAAAACAGUUUAUGUUGGGAGUUGAGCAGGAAUUUAGAGAAGUACAGUUGAUGAUCAUUUUGUGCUGGGGGGAUCCGUUCUUGGCCCCUGUGUGUUUUAGCGCAGCAUGUAUAAGCACGUUCCACUCCACCUUCAUUACACACCCUUUUAGUGACUUGUUUAGUGACGUUUCCAGUUUGCUUCUGGGUUUGGCGCCAUGCACGAUUGUGCAUCAUUUGGACGCACAUUAAUCAGUCAUUGCCUGCACAUGCAGACAUACCCCAAAUCUACCAGUAUUGCUUAUCUUUGAUUUGUUGAAGUUAGUUUUUUUAUAGUGUUAUUCUUAUUCUGGAAAUGUAAAGUAAACAUGUUAUGCUGCAAGCAUGUACACAUACAGUGGUACCUUGGGAUGCAAACAGGAUCUGUUCCGAAGCCCUAUUCUCAUCCUGAACAGAACGUAAGACAUGUGUGCAGGUCGCGUUUCGCUGCUUCUGCACAUGCGCAUGACAUCAUUUUGACCAUCUGCGUAAGCGACGAAACCCGGAAGUAACGCGCUCCGCGGCGACCCAGAAGUAACCAAAAAAUACUUAUCCUGAAGCGUAUUUAUCCCGAGGUGUGACUGUACAGGCAGUUUCCCAUUUACGUGGGGCUUAUGUUCCGAUGCACUGCAUGUUUAAAUAAAAUUGCGUAUAUUGGGAACACCAUUGUGAAAGGCUGCAAACGCCCUCUGAACCUCUGGAAACUCUUGAAAAGCCAUUCAGAAAACAAAAACUCCACCAAACUCCUCCACAGUUGCUCCCUCCAAACCUCCUUGCUCAAGCUCCAAGUCCCCGCAGGCCUCAAAGGUUGGUGCAAAGGCUCCCAGGAUUGCAUUUGCAAAGGCUCCUGGGAUUGCUAGAUGCUAUUUUCGUGCCAUUUUGCCAUUUAUACACUCUUUUAGGGCUGUUUUUGCCCCUAUUCCUGCCACUUCCUGGUUUGCUAUGGUGUGCGCAGUUGUGCGUGUCUCAAAUGUGCGUAAAUGAGGAAUUGCUGUAAUUAAUGACACAUGCAUCACUUCUGCUCCUGUACUUCUGUAGCACUGGCAAAAGUUUAAUCAGUUCCUCUUUGCAAUUACCUACCUCUCCCACCCCGCUAAAUCUUUCUCAUGUUGUUUAAAACAGUCUAGUUAUUGAUUUUAAGUAUGGUGGGUGAUACUCAAAGAUCAUUGGACUUAUUCAUUCACUUCAGUGGGACUUCUCUGUGUAUGAGGUGGAUAUCACUCUGAAUAGAAAUACUUGUAUUAUCCUGGCUUCAAAAUUAAGACCUGCCUUCCAGAUUCUUUCACCCUUUUUAAUCUAGGAAAUGUAGAACUUUUCAGUAUAGUAGCACCUCAGAUUACGUAACCCCUCUGGUUACAUAAGCUUCAGGAUGUGAAAGCGGCAAACCCGGAAGUAUUUGACCGGAUUUCAGCAUGCGCAGAAGCGGUUCUCAGGUUGCGGAAACCUCAGGAUCUGACCUGACCACUGGGACGGAUCCCGUCCACAACCGGAGGUACCACUAUACACUGAAACCGUCCUUAAUGUGUCUAUAGCAUCAGUACUUUAGUUACUACAACAUAAUUUAUUGAAAAUCCACUAAUGUAUAAGUUCAAAUAAUAGAUAGUUCUAUGUUUCACUACAAAAUAUGCAAAGCAUUAUUUCACAACUUCUGGGAGCAUUCUUAGGCCAAUGCAAACUAAGAAAUAGUUGGCAGGUCAGUUUCAGCAUAAUACAUCACAGUAGUUGAAUCUGAAUCCCUGGUUCUGUUCCCGUAUUUCUCAAUCUAAGAGAAGUUUACUUUCAGCUCUUUCUCUUAAAAUGAUUUAUAAUGUAAAGCCAGCUGCUUGAUGACUUAAGCUCAAUAAGCUCAUUCACCCAUUGAUCCUCAAAAUACAGCACAUUGAAACAGUGAGCGGUGGUAGAGGACAAGCACAUUCCACAUUACUGCUGCUGCCUCUCCUGGCCAAAGUUGCAGGAGUAAGGUAAAGGUAAAGGGAACCCUGACCGUUAGGUCCAGUCGCGGACGACUCUGGGGUUGCGGCGCUCAUCUUGCUUUAGUGGCCGAGGGAGCUGGCGUACAGCUCCCAGAGCAGCACAUGAAAACGCUGUUUACCUUCCCGCCGGAGUGGUACCUAUUUAUCUACUUGCACUUUGACCACUUUGAUGUGCUUUUGAACUGCUAGGUUGGCAGGAGCAGGGACCGAGCAGCGGGAGCUCAUGAUUGUAUUCAAAGUAGUCACUCCUUGGUAAAACCUAUGGUAAAUUCUGCACUAUUUAGUUACGUGAAUCCACCCCACAAUAGAGUUCUCUGGAAUUUAUUCUGACGAAAUAUAUUUACAAGAUGCAGUAUAUCUUUUGAGGGACAGGGUGGAUCCUGAUAUUACUAUCAAUGAUCAUGCUAUCAACUCUGUCUGAGGAAACUCCACUCCACAUAUUGAACUUCCCCUGACUUGAGAUCUACUGGGAAGGCCCUGCUGGUAGUUCCAGCUUUAAAGGACAUCCUGGAGUUUAUUACCCACCAAAGGACCUUCACAGAAUUAGUAUUCUAGUAGUGGUUUGCAGCCACCCUAGGGGCUUGACUGGCACCAGCAUGGUUUAGCUUUAGGCACCAAAUGAAGAUCUGUUGCUUUGCUUUUUGAUGUAGAAGGAUGCCUGGGUUUCAGGACACUGACAGAUUACAGGGAAACAGAACAUUGGUGAUUUUAAUUGUUUUCUUUGUUAAUUGCUUUAUGUAUGAAUUGUUACUUGCUCUGGAUUUUAGGAUGAAGGGUAGGAUAUAAGGUUUUUAAAAAGAAUAAAAAUAAAAUCUCUUAGUAGAUUAAAAGCACAGUCCUAUGCAUAGAAGUGAGACCUGAUCCUGUUGAUGACUUAAGCUCAUUGGGACUUACUUCCAAGUAAGUGUGUAUAGUAUUGCAGCCUAAUACACCAAUUGACAUGUUUGUCCAGAAGAUGACUUUUAUAUUAUAUUUUGUGAGACCUUUACAUUGUUUUCCAAACUGCAGUAAUAAUAGGAGAAUUAAUUAUUAAUGCUAAUGUAACUACUUAGGCUUCCAGGAUUCUAUUUUUGCGCAGUCAAGUGAACAGCAAGAUGGAAGGAAGUAAUUAGCACAUUACUUCAGUCUGUCCAUUUCCAUAGUUUCCAUAUUUAAUCUUCCAAUAUAGUGUAUCAAUGUAGCGGAACUAGAGAAUAAUAUCUGUAUAGUACUUGCAAAGUUUGUGAAACCUGUGACUGUGUUGGGGUCUAAAAAGUUGCUUUGGCCUGCCAAAGAACUUGGGACUUUUGAAGCGUUGAGGCUUCUUAUUUGAACAACAGACUGCAAACCUUAUCACAUUCCCCUCAGUUUCCCAUUGCAGAGAUAUAACACUUCAAUAAGUUUUAAAACAAUGGGGGAAACCUUUUUUAUUGGGUGGGAUGGGGGAAAAAUAGAGAUUGAGUGAGAAAUAGCUAAUACUUCAUUAUGAAACUUAAGUUUACUUUGUUACUGAAUUUAUAUGAAGUGUACUAUUUGGUGUAUUCAUGACAUCUUGUAUGUACGGGUUCUCCAAGCAGUAAUUGUAAAUAUGCCAAAUGUUAUAUAGGCGGAGCAGCAAGCUGUUGCAUCCUAAUGUACCUAACUAUAGCUUAUUUUUUCUCUUUGGAGAAAUAGUUACAAAAAAGGAAAUGAAAAUAGCAAAAGGAAUAUUUUAUUUUCUAUCUUUCUAAAUGGUAUUUAUUUUAUUUUAUUAAAUUUAUAUACCACCUUUCAUCCAAUGAUCUCAGGGUGGUUCACAAUAUAAAAAUACAGUAUAAAUACAGGUAUAUGGAAAUCAACAUUAUCAUGCAAAAACAAAAGAGAUGUUUUUUAUAGAAAUACACAUUUUUUUCAACCUGGGACCCCACUUCAGAAUUUACCUGAAGCAGCACCAGUUAAUUUGUUUCACAGGUGAGCAUGUGUAGUUUUGUAUGUCCAGUAAAUGUGAAUAUCUUUGAAUGGGAAUAUUAAGCUUUAGAAGUGUACCAUGUACAGGACACGUGAAGAAUACAUUAGAACAAAGCAUCAGUUCUUCUUCCUAAACCUGGUUGAGAGAAUGGGGUAGGAGGAGAAUAUUAUUCCCCAAAUACUAAAUGGAUGAGGGAGGGUCCUCUCACAGGAGGCAUUCAUUCCAUUCAUGUCAUUAUUCUAUUCUGUCUGUUUCAGGUUUCUUGUGGUCUCAAAGGGAGCUUACUCCACAGUUUGAGAACAACUGUGUUAGUGAAAGCUUUAGCAAGCACAGAAGCUGAAGUCUUUCAUAUCAGGGCUCUGAUUGGUAGAUGUUAUGGAAGUUCUUCCUUUUCAUUGAGUCAUGCAAUUUGCAACCUUAUCCUAAACAUAUUAUGAUUUUCAAGACUACAUAGCCAGAGACAGAAUUGCUCACACAAAGGACUUUUUCUGUUUGCUUUCUAGCAGGUUUAUAAAUAGUCACCUCUCCUCACAAGGCCAGUAUAUGCCAAUAGCCUUGUGAGAAGAAGAGAAAAGGGAAGCAGGCAAAAAACAACGUUAGGGUCUGCCAUGGUCAGACUGCCCCCCCCCAAACUUUACUCUUUAUCUUUACCUUGACUGUUUGUCAUUUAUUGUAAUAUUUUCAAAUUGUAAACCACCUUGCAUAUUUGGGCAGAAUAUAAGUACAAUAAAUAGAUAAUAAACCUGGGAACCUUAGCAAACAGAUUUAUUUAUUUAUUUAUGCAUACAUUUAUUCUGUUAAAAAAUAUUGUGAACAUAUGUCAGGGAGAUUUUCUACCCCUGUAUUUUUGCCCACACAAAAAUCUGCCUUUAGAAUGUUACAUACAAUUAAUUAAUUAGUUACAUAAUAAUUGAAAACCACAGAGGUUAAUUUCGGUACCUGAAAUUGAUACAAUAUCAGUUAAAUAUAAAGUCAAUCUUGUAAUGUCCCCCCCCCCAUUUGCCCAUCCCUAGAAAGCACGUAUAUUUAUGCGCACAGCUUGUCAAUCAUGUCAAUACAAGUGUAUUCACAGAAUUUCAGUGCCUUAUUUUUCCUCUUGUUCUAAAUAAUGUAAGGGAGAUUUAAGCUAAGAACCCAAUAAGAGCCCUGCUGAAUCAGACUAAAGGCCAAUCUAGUCCAGCAUCCUGUUCCAUAGUGCUCAACCAGAUUCUCAUGGGAAGCCUGCAAGCAGGACAUAAGCAGAACAGGUCUGUCCCUAUUUUUUAUUCAGAGGUAUAUUGGCGGUAGUACAGUGGUACCUCGGGUUACAUACGCUUCAGGUUACAUACGCUUCAGGUUACAGACUCCGCUAACCCAUAAAUAUUACCUCGGGUUAAGAACUUUGCUUCAGAAUGAGAACAGAAAUCGUGCUCUGGCAGCGGGAGGCCCCAUUAGCUAAAGUGGUGCUUCAGGUUAAGAAUAGUUUCAGGUUAAGAACGGACCUCCGGAACAAAUUAAGUACUUAACCCAAGGUACCACUGUACACAGCCAUCAUUACUAGUAAGCUUUAUCCGUCAGUAAUUUUACUUAAUUCCAUUUUAAAACUGUCCGAAGUAGUUGCCAUCACCACAUAUUGUGGGAGUGAAUUUCAUUGUUUUAACUAUGUGCUAUGAUAGUUGAUAAUCAUUAUGGGAAUAAAUACUUUCCUUUGUCCAGAAUCUUCCAGCAUUCAUGACCUUUUUUUGUGAAAGGGAGAAAAACCUUCAAUCUUGCUCACUUCAUAAUUUUAUACAUCUCUAACAGAUCUCUCUUCCCACCCCAGACUUGUAUUUUUUUCUAAGUGGAAAAGCCCCAGUGUUUUCAUCAUGGGGAAGUUACCCUUGGUUCAUUUUGGUUGCUCUUUUCUGCACCUACAGUAUAUUUUGAGGUUUGGUGACUAGAACUCUACAUAGUAUUCCAAAUAUAGGUGCACCGUAGAUUUGUAUAAUGGCAUUAUAUUGUCAGUCAUUUCACUUUCAGUCUUUUUCGUAAUGAUCUGUAACAUGGAAUUUGUCUUUUUCACAGCUUCAGUAAACUGGGUUGACAUUUUCAUUGAGCCUAGCUACAAUGAUCUCAAAAUCCCCUUCCUGGUCAGUCACUGUCAAUUAGGCCAUUAAGUGUAUAUGUGGUUAGGAUUCUUUGCUCCUAAGUCAGAGGUUUUCGACUUUGAGUCUACAGCUCCCUUGACUAACUGCAUUAUUUUUGCAGCACCCAUGUGGGGCUCAGGAGCUCAGUUAUGACACCCCUUGCCUGCAAGCUGGCAGCUUCUCACCCUUUUUUGAACACCCUGGUGGAGUAUUCCCUCGUCCUCCUCUUCUCUUCUCUCCCCUCUCCUUGAGAGUCUUCUGGGCAGCUGCAGUUGCUGCCCCUGGUCUCUGAGCUGCCUCUCCUGCCCCAAAGAGGGCUGCUGCAUCAAACAGCUGUGCAAGCCUUUGGGAGGCAGAGAGGCAAGAGGGCAUCAGAGGAGGGAGGGAAGGAAAGAGGGACAGAGGCCAGUGUUGCCCAGGGUGCUACGGCACACUGGUUGAAAACCACUGCCCUAAGUGCAUCAUUUUACACUUGCUUACAUUGACCCACAUUUGCAAUUUUAAUUUCCUUUUACCCAGUUUACAGAGAAAUUUUGGAGUUCUUCUCAAUCCAUUUUUGUUCUUAACAUCCUAAACAAUUUGCUGCAGUAAAGAGGGCGAGAAAGCUCCACUGUGCACAUGGACAAUUGUAUAUAGGUCACACUGAUUCUUCAGAAGAUGGUACACUUACAGAAAAUCAGGACUAGUUUCAUGGACAUGAAAUGCAUAAUGUAUACCAGCCUCUUUUAAAAUAGUGUAAAUAUUUUCUCUGUAGGACUAUAGUGUUGUUGUUUUUAAAAAAAUCUGUUGAGUGCAUGUGUUAUGUAUGUUGGCCAAGUGUAAAUUACAGAAUUACAGAAUUAACCAACCAGAUUUCAUUUCAACUGCUGCAUAAGCAUCAGUGCAGUAAAUGGAUAGGAUUAUCUUUGGUUAUCAGGAAUCCUAUUAAGCAGGCUAAUGUAAUGUAAGCAGGGUUUAGUUAAACCUGAGUUUGUUAAUCUAUUCUGUGAGUCAGCUUUUGUGUCCUGAUUUCUUAUGUAGUAAGAAAGGAAUGUGUGUGAAAUUAUAAAUGUAUUUAAAACUCAGUCCCAUAAUCUUGGAGACAAGAGCAUGGAGUGAAUGGAAUAUUUAAAACAGCUCCCCUGGCAUUUCCCUAAAAUUCUAGUCAGUCUUCUUUUUCCCCUGUCAUUUAAAUAGGUAGCAAAUCCUGCUUAGAACUAUGAACUGAAAAAUAUUUUUUUAAGAUAGUGUAUUUGUGACCUGUGCAACAGUUAAGAGUUAUACAACUCUUGAUUUCUAUGUCUAUUCAAGUAUUGGAUAUUAAGAUAGAGUAAGCAACCUGUGUAACUACUACAUCCUUGGCAAUGCUUUUGUGUGUAGCGUGAUGCUGCAUAAGAAAUGGGUCUUCCAUGCUAUCUUCCUCUGUUGCCAGUAUGACCUAUCAUCACAUAAAAAAGGAUCUUAAUGAUGGAAUAUACAGUAUAUUGUACAAGGUGUGGAAUCUUCUUGGCCCAUCUUCAGAGGCAUGAAAUAUUUAGAAGGCAAAUGUUGCCUCCUAGAGAUAAGAGACCAAAAUGUAGUGUUGCUUAUGAAGAGUACCACAGUCCUUUGCAGUCUUUUGGAUCUCUACAGGAAAAGGCCUUGCCAAACAAGAACUCUCCUUUUCAUUAGGGUGUGCACAGGAAUGCAGUCCUGAAUAAUGCAAAUUGUGUGAAUUGCACUGAAAAUAUGCAAAAUGGAUUUAUUUUGAUAAUGCUGGUGUGUUUUGAAUUAAUUUUUGAAGCUCCCAUUCUGUAUGAAGCAUUGUGAAUAUUAAACUCAAGUAGACUAUGAUAUCCAUUCCUAAAUCCGUUGCCAGUCAUCCCUGGACAUUUGUAGAACUGCAGCUGAUAUAUAGCCUUUCAGCAAUGGAGAAGAAUGCUGGGAAUGCUUAAACAAUCUUGGAAAUAGGUCAUGGUUUAAUAGAACUAUACAAAAGUCAGCGAUGGUUUCUCAAGAAGUUCUUGUGAUCCUUGAAGCUUAUUAUUAAUAUAUACCUGACUAAAUUAUAAAAUGAAUACAGUGACUGAAUCAGUUCAUUAAACUUCCACAGACACUGACCAUUAAUUUGGCAGAAGUUAUAGUUAUUUCUUAAGGAUAGUUUCAAACUAUUUUUAAUUUUGUAUACUAAACCAUUUCUUAGCAAAAUAAAAUUUACCUGGUAGUAAGCCUCAUUAGUACUAAGUCAGACCCCAAAACAGUGUUUCCGUGCACUCUGGCAUUCAUCACUGUGUCCCAUUGCUCCAGAAGCGGUUUAGUCAUGCUGGCCACAUGACUCGGAAAGCUGUCUGUGGACAAACACCGGCUUCCUCAGCCUGAAGUGAGAUGAGCGCCACACCCCAUGGUCGCCUUUGACUGGACUUAAUCGUCCAGGGGUCCUUUACCUUUUAGCUUUACCAGGUCCCAAAUAGCUGGUAUGCUAAUAAUAUGAAAGCAAUGUGUUGGUUUGCUUUUUCAAAAUUGUGAAAUAAUUAAAGAAUCUGGUUUGUGAUUGCAGCACACAGAAUGCCUGACCAUUUUUUUCCUGAGGCAUCUCCAGGUAGGACUGGGAGAACCCACUCAGAAAUCCAGAAGAGCUUCUGCCAGUCAGAGUAGACAACACUGAUCUAGAUGUACGCAUGAUCUGAUUUAAUAAAAGGUAGUCCCCAUGUUCUUAUUUUCUUGCUACAAACCACCUUGUUGCUGUGGUUGCACCUUGGGGGACAAAUAGCUGUUUUUGGAAGUUUUUAAUGGGGAAAUGGAUGCAGGUAGGUAGGUUGGGUCCACCUCAUAAUUCCCAUUUACUUCAGUAUUUUUCUACAUAGGUAAAGGUAAAGGGACCCCUGACCAUUAGGUCCAGUCGUGGCUGACUCUGGGGUUGUGGCGCUCAUCUCGCUUUAUUGGCCAAGGGAGCUGACGUACAGCUUCCGGGUCAUGUGGCCAGCAUGACUAAGCUGCUUCUGGCGAACCAAAGCAGCGCACAGAAACGCCGUUGACCUUCCUGCCAGAGCGGUACCUAUUUAUCUACUUGCACUUUGGCGUGCUUUUGAACUGCUAGGUUGGCAGGAGCAGGGACCAAGCAACAGGAGCUCACCCCGUCGCGGGGAUUUGAACUGCCAACCUUCUGAUCGGCAAGUCCUAGGCUCUGUGGUUUAACCUACAGCACCACCUGCGUCCCUUUUCUACAUAAGUACUUAGUGCCAACUGGAUCCCAGCUUUCCUUAACACUCAUUUGGAUUUCUUGGUUCACUUCAGAUCCAUUUAGAUCAAUAGAUCCACCAGCAAUAGGUUUGUUUUAAAGGUUUUCCAGUGCUUACAUGGGGGCAGCCAUGUAUGUAUGGGCAUUGAAAGUGCAUAGUGUCAAGGAGCCCUGUCUGCUAGCUGCACAGGCUGUGGGUAGCUCACGGCACAAUUCUGAAGGGUUUAAAGUGGGGUGGGGAAUUGUGGCACAGAGCAGAGUGACAAUACACACAGAUGCUUUUCAGUGUAAAGCAUUUUUUUAAAAAAGACUUUUAAUUAAAAAUCUGCUUGUAAAUGGGAGAGAAUGGACUUAACGCUGUCCACUUUGAGAACAGGAAUGGACCAGACUUUAAUGGGUCUGUCCAUCCCUAGCUCCAGCCAGCAGGAUCAGUAAUCAAAAGUCUAGUCCACAACAUGGAGGGCACCAGAUUGGCUACCCCUGACAUAGUCUCUCUUCCGUUUGAAAUGUGUAAAUCAGAAACAGAGGAAAUAAAAGAGUUGUUUGUACCUUGUCCGUGUAUAUAUAUUUGUAUGUGUCUGUGUGUAUGUAUGCCUAGGAUGUUCAUUUGUGUGUAGUGGGAAAGAUGGUUCAUGAAAACCUGUAGCUAGCCUUGGCAGUUGUCUGGUAUAUAAGCUGCAGAUAAUGUAUGUCGCUGUGGUGUGAUUCAGAUAUAAUGCUGGUUCCCAACAAAAUAAUGGCUUGCAAAUGGGGAGGCAACCACAUGGAUAUUGCACUCUCUCUUUCCUUCUUUGGAGAAAUUUCUGCGUGGUAUCAUGGUAAAAGAAACUAGAUUUCUCUGCACCCUAUUUUUCUCUUCAUAUUUUUCUCUUCUCUGGUUUACAGGGAAUCCUGGCUUGUAUUAAGUCUAUGUAACAUAAGUCAGUGGUGUGGGAGGUGCUACUGCUUUAUAUUCUUACUCCUUUUGAGGUCGUAAAGUAGCAAAAGCGCCUUGCAAUCGUAUUGUCUGGGAACUAAAAAAUCAAGACACUAUUCAGUCUAGACAUUUGUGGACUAAAGGUUAAGUUUCUUCUACUUAGCUAGAAAGGUUAUGCAGACUGCAGGCAAUAGGUGCACACCCACCCACCCGCUGAAUUGAUGCACACUAACAUGACACUGAACUUCUAAAAAUACUUGUUUUUAUAAAAUUAAAAAUAUAAAAGUACAUUGAAUAAGGUUAACUCUUGAAACCUUAUCACUACCAUAGCAAAAACAGUGGUUUCUGCUGUGGUUGCUACCCUGUCAUUUGUUAUUUUAACGCUAGACACAGAUGUCCUGGGCUGUCUCAUCCCAUAAAACAUUCUUACUACAGGGAAACCAAGGAAUGUGAUGCAAGUGUUCUCAGUUCCUAGACCAAUAAACGAACUAUAGGGUCUUGACUAAGAGGACAUCUCUGACUCUGCUCUAUCUCUUAUCUUGAAAAGGAGGCUUGAAUAGCACACCUAUGCUGCACGAGGGAAAGGAGAUCAGCACUUUUACAGCACACCUAGAGCUUCCCCUGUGCCAGCACUUCAACUAGGGGUCAGAUACAGUACAUUUUUGGGGAUCCUGUGAGAGGGAAAACAUAUAUGACAGCAAUAGAAUAUGUAUGUCCAUUCUUAUGAUCUGAUGCUUUAGUACCAGGUUUAGUACCAGACUCACAUGUUUCAUCUUCUAAGAUUUCAGUUCUUCGACUAUGUAUUAGCUACAAACACAUUGUUCCGUUUCCUCAGUCCUUCACUAUUUACAUUACCUAUUUAAUGACUUUUUUAAUGACUUGCCACAAGCCUCCAUGUAAUGCACCGAUAAAUUCUAGGCAGUAGAAAUUCUUUGCAUUUUUCACUAGCAAGGAAGGAAUGCUUCAGGAUUAGAUUCUCAACAGGUGACGCAAAUGCUCAAAUUGUCUUGGAACACAGUACCCCACCGCACCUCUCUAGGUUGAAUGGUGUUUGAUUUAAGCAGCUUUAUUGCUAAUAGAAGGAUUAACUACACUGCAUCUGUGUUUUUUUUGGGGGGGUGUAGAGUAACUUUUUGUACGUGUCAAAUCUAUUUAAAUAUUUUAUUUAAAUAGUCAACAGUGAUGGAGUUACUAGUUGCUUCAUCUUUUUACUAGUCUUAAUAAACAGCAGCAAAAUAUAAGUGUCCAAGAUGACUGUAAUCUACAGUGUACUUAUUGUGAACUGCUUCUCUGUUUAUUAUGUGCAAAUAGCCUGUGCUGAUACUCUGUAAUACUCCCAAAUCAUGGUAUAUUUCCUCUUUGACUCCUGGUAGUGAACAAGUUGCCUGCCUUUACUGUAGAGCUAAGUUGAUCAAGGGCUCAUGUGUGAUCUUUAGUAAUGCAAAAGAUUCCACCACAUGCACCUCACAAAUCACUGAAAGUGGGGGUGAGGAGGGAAUGCAUGUGCAGAAGUUGCUUUUAUCACAGGAUUUUGGAGAGCUUCUGUAAUAGUCCUCAGUCACAUCCCACCCACCCUUGCCAAGGGUACACUUUGAUUCCCAAGGUUCUAUGUCAAAUGAAGUCCAGCUUACCUCAGCAGAACUUUUAAUGAUGGGACCUAUUUGUCUUGUUCAGAUGAUAAACCAAACCAUUGUUCAGAUUUCAGUCCCCAGAUGUUGCUGGACUACAACUCCCAUUGCCAUUGACCACUGACUGAGCUGGCAGGAGGUGAUGGGAAUUCUAGUCCAGCAACAUCUGGAGUCUAAUGUUGAGGAAUGUGUAUUGUGAAUGAUGUGCAGUGAAUAUUGGUCUUGUAUGCUCCCUUUUCUCCUUUGCAUGUGAUCUUCCACUUUCACUUUUGACUCAGUUUGGCCCUAAUGUGUUAUAACUAGAAUUUGAAAAAAUACAGUUCCCUAAAUGAGGGGAGAAACUUUCAUUCUCUUUGUGUACAAAGGAUUGGGUGAGCUCAUGGUUCACUGUGGCUUGUUCAUGAUGAUCUAAGCCAUGGUUUAGAUUAGGAUCUGAACCAAGUCAUUAAGGACUAGAGCGCUUUACAGUAAAUAUAAUUUUGGAAAUAAACCAGGAGUGGAAAAUGAAAUUGUAUUUUACUUUAGUAAAGUUGUUCAGAUAAAAAGCUGCGGGAAUUUGUAAUAAUUUGGUGACAAUUUGUUAAAAAUUAUUGAAAAGCAAUAAAAAAUAAUUGGUAAAAAAAGAAAUUAUCUAUAGGUUAGGAAGCUUACAUUGUGGUCCAAGUAAUAAGUGAUGAUUAUUGUGUGUAUAGUUAGUUCUUUUUGUUGAUGAAGUAUAAGAUGGGGAAAACUGCAACUGCUGACUAUUCAAAAGUUCCAUUUUGAAUAGGUUGCUUCUCUCUUUUACGUUUUGUGUUUCAUGCCAGUUGGGAUAUACACAACUCAAAUUCAGUUUACAUAAUGCUGUAUCUUAAAAUGGCCCUGCUUAAAGACAAUACAUUAAGAUAGUGGGUGUUCAGUAAAUUUAUACUUAACACUAUGUGCCCUAUUAAAUCAUGGACUUGACUAACUUAAGUCUAUUUAUUUCAAUGGGUCUACUUUCAGUAUGCAACUCAUUGGUUCAUUUGAACAGCUCUAUUACCAAGACCUAUCUUUUCAAAAAAUGUAGUUACUUUGGCUGAAAAUAGUAUAGAAGAGAAGGAAGGAGUACAGUUGACAGCAGAUCAUGGAGUUGGAAUUAUGGAAGGAGAAUUUUAUGCUAGCUAUUCUUCUAACUGCUGGCUGCUGGAAACUUGGGCCUUACCUUCAUUUCUGGGUACUCGCUGAUAGCAGUGGUUCAGUUUUAGAAGUAUUGUGACAUACUAUAGUUAUGCCUUUGAGAUCAUACAUCCUUGAGCACCCUUUGUUCCACUAUGCUAACUUAAUUGUGUCUAUGCUAGCGAGUGAAAAUGUUUUUACCGCCCGACCCCCCCACAUAUAUCCUUGAAAUUGUUUCUCAUCCACCUUGUUUUAGUCCUACAAAAUUGACUAUAAUAGAAAUAUAUUUUUCAAAGCUUUUUGAGUCUUUCUCUCUGGAAUGCUUAUUGGGAAUUCUUUGGAAAAUAAAGUAACUCAAUGAUCCAGGAUCGUUUUGAUGUCUAACGAGAAUACUUUACUGUUAAAGAAUGUAUUGUAUUGCCUUUAGGGAUUGAAUAACUUGACUGUGAUUUGUUCUGACAUUUGGCAGUUGUAUUAUGACCACGGCAGUAGUUGCCUUUCUUUCAAAUUUUUCCUUAAUUGGAAAUGGAUACACAAGGGAAUAUUGUGUCUUCUUCCAGCCUUGAACAGUUAUGCACUGUAGUAAAGUUCCCAAGGGAAAAACUGUUAAUGUUGGUUUGAAACUCCCACAGCAGUGUUUUCAGGCAGUACAUAUGACAGAUGAUUAUACAGUGUUGAUAGAAAUGUGCUGUUUAUCCAUAUUGAUCUCAAUUGUGAAUAAGGCAACUUCAGUAUAUGUGCAUGUUCUAAAACAAAGUGCUUUGGAAAGUACUUAACUUUUAAAACUGGAAUACUUUAUUCAGAAAUGCUUGCCAAGACUUUACUGAACAAAUGAUGUCUGUUUUUAUCCAUGUGUACUGUUAGUACUGAAUUCAUAUGAUAUGGAACAUACUUUUAUUUUUUAAUAUUUAUUAAAUUUAUAGAAUACUUCACAGGAUAAAGCUGCUGAAGUGGUGUACAGGGCAAAAAAGGAAUAAAAGCAGAAACACAAGCUCUAAAACAGUAAAGCCAUCCAUAUAAACUGAAACCAAUGAAACCAUUCCAUCAGUUACAAAACUGGUAUUCCAUAAAUGACUGGAUUACACCUAAGGGAAAGCUUUCCUAAACAAAAAUGUUUUUAUUAGGCAUCUAAACAUCAUACUAGGUGGCUGUUUGAUUUCAGCUGCUAAUUAAUUUCAGAGAGCUGGAACGGGAACACUAAAAGCACGAAUUCUGGUACAAACGAAAGGCAUCUCUGGGGUACAUUGUGCUCUCAGCAGUGCCCAUCUGAGGAGGGAGCACUUGCUGGGUAUGGAUAUAGUGGGCAGAGGAGUCCCUUAGAUAUCCUGGUCCCACAUUGUUUAGGACUUUAAAAACAGCAGGGCCUUGAACUGUACCUGGUAGCAUAUUGGCAGCCAGUGCAACUCCUUCAGCAGAGGUGUUAUAUGGUACUGAUGGGAGUACCCCAGUAAAUAAUCCAGCUGAUGUAUUCUGCUCCACCUUUAGUUUUUGAGUUAAGCCCAAGGGAAGCCCUACAUAAAGCGCGUCACAGUAAUCCAGUCUUGAGGUUACCAAUGCCAUGAUCACAGUGGCCAAGCUAUUUUGGUCCAGGUAUGACUGUAGCUAUCUUACUAACCAAAGCUGCUUUAAAGCAUUCCUAGCCACUGAGACCUUAUGUGCCUCAGGUGCCAAAGAUGGAUUCAGGAGCCCCCUCCUCCAAUUAAUAUUCCUGUUUCUUCAGAGGGAGUGGAACCCUAUUCAAAACAGGUGACUGACUUACGUACCUCCCAAACACAAAAACACUCAUUCACUGGGUAUAUGGAUGACACUUUACUUCAUAUCCCAUAUUGACUGCUCCUAGUGGCUUCAUAAUAGAUGUUGAGGACAUAAUAGGUUUCAUAAUAAAGGCUUCAUAAUAGCCUUGAGGACAAAAUAGUGCCCUGGAACACCCAGUUACAUAAUUGUCACUCUUUGGAACUGACCCUAAAGGUAACACCGGAACCACCAUAAAACAGUGUCCCUGGGAUCCAUCUCACAGAGCUAGUCCAGGGCAAUACCAUGCAAAAGAAGCAGUGUUGCACGACCUUUGUCCCUCUCCCAGUAGAGGUCAUCCAUUGAGGUAGAUUGAGUCUUGAAACCAGGUCUCAAUAAUUCGUUUUGUCCAAGAAUGCCAGCAGCUGGUCUGUCACUUAAAUCAUUUUUGAAACUUAUUACCAUUAAAAAAAUUAUCCUCUGUUGAUGUCUUAUUAUAUGUCAAAAAUAUUUUACUAAAAUUGGACAAGUAGCAGGUUAUUCCCCCCCCCCCAUGUUAAGUGAAACAGCUCCUAAAACAGAAUUGGUCAAAGAAAAGCUGCCUUCUUUUUUCAAAUAUUGAAUAAUUUAUUAAUUGGUGGUGAUUUUUGACAUUAAGGAAAUGUAUUUGAAGUUUAGGCAAUUUUCUUUAAACAAUUUGUCAUGUUUAAUCCCCAACCCAUGUACAGGAUACAUGUGCUUAUUGAAGAGACAGUUGAAACAUAUUCUUGAGACCUUUGUUUCUGUGCAAAUGUAUAUAGAGAAAAUAUAAUGGAAAUUUGUUUUUGAAAGAAAGUUGACUUUUUAAAGAGGAAUAGGAAGAACUUACAAAAAUUGUAUACCCCCAAUAUAAUCAAGCAGUAUAUAAAUGUUGUGAAAUAGAGAAAAAUAAAUAUAUUCAAUUCAUUCUUUUGAAUCUUUUAUAUGCUGCCUUGUAAAUAUUUGUUUUCUUAAAUACACGGAUUGUUUAAAGACACAGUUAAGUCAUGGGUUUACAGAACAGCUGAAAAUGCUUUCCUUUGUUGAAUGUCUAAAUACAUCCAAAUCAAUAAACUGUUCCUUGUCUGUGGUUUCUCCUUGUAAGGCUGUUGUCAGUAUCCAUUUUAGUGGCUUUAGCAGAGGUGAGAAUCAUAGGGAGCUUGAAGUCAGUUUCCCCUUUGUUUUAUAACUGAUGAUUAAAAUAACACAGAUUUAGGGCAGGCAAAUUAUAUUUGGAAUCUGGUACUAUUAUUUACAGUACUUGCAAUGAAGCUUUGACCCACACCCUUGCUCUGCAAAGCAUUCUCAUUUUCUUGUAGACACACAAACAUAUUUUAUAAGGGAACCCCUGCUUUCUGUUUAUCUCUCCUCUUUGUAUGUGAAGGGUACAUGUGGUAUUUUUAGCUGACCUUGGAGAAGAUGCAUAAUUAAAAGCCUUCUUAGUAAGCAAUUCUGAUGUGGCUGAGGCAAUGCAGUUCCAUUCUUACUGCAUUCACAUUCUCUGUGGUCCAUUCUUACAGCUAGUCCCCUCCCCAUUUUUUUUAGUGCCAAGGUAAACCUAAAAGAAAAUAACAGUUGAACAAAACAGGGAAAUGUAUCUUUUGUUAUAUUUAGGUGUUAUUUAGGAAUAUUUAUUUGUACCUACUAACCAGAAUUCUUGAGGUAGCUUGGAAUAUAUUUAGAACACAAUAAAUAGAUACUAAGGUAGGACAGAGGUGUAUAUAAUCCCCACCCACAUGGUUUCCCAGUGUUACCCGAGCACAAUGAAAACAGCACUGGAAUCCACCCAUAGUUAUAUAUUCAGAUGUAUCAAGGAUUAUUCUUAUGUGGAUACAUUCUUUAAAGUUAUAAUUGGAUUUAUUCUACAAAUUCCCAUCCAUUCCUAAAUUAAUUCACACACACACACACACAUUUUCAUUUUCAGGUUUACAAACAACAAAAAAGAACACAUUAAAAAUAUAAGCAUUGAAUCCCCUUUGACUUCCCUUCCCCCUUUUGUAGGUCCUUGUGCCGGCAUUUUCUCCUGCAUCUCCACUAUUACUCCAAUUUUAUCAAGUUUAUAAAUAAUCCAUAAUUCAGCUUUUAGCUACAAGUGUUAUAUCAAUCCUACUAAUUAUUUAAUCCUACUAAGGAUUUUAAUUGUUUACAAUAGUUUUUUAAGAUACAAUAUAUACCGUACUUUCCCCUUUUCUUAUUAAAAUAUAAAUCUUCCAGGUUCCUAAUUCUUCUGGUCAGUUUUGUCAUUUCAGCAUAACCAUCAGUUUUAUCUGCCAUUCUUCUUUGGUAGGGACUGUCUUUUCUUUCCAUCUCUGGGCUAACAAAAGUUCAGGCAGCUUUAUAUACAUUUCCUUAAUGUCCAGAAUCACCACCAAUUAAUAAAUGAUCUCUUCUGGCCACUUGGAUUUUCGGCACCUAGAAUUCCUAAAAGAAAAGCUUCUGGUUUCUUAGAAAAGGUUAUUUUGAACAUUUUUUUCAACUCAUUAUAUAUCAUCUCCUAGAAUUCUUUUACUACUUAACAUGCUCACUACAUGUGAUAAAGGGUGCCCUCUUUUUCUUUACAUUUCCAGCAUGCAUUGAUCUUGAUUUAUACAUUUUAGCUAAUUUACUGGAGGUUAAAUACCAACAGCACACCAUUUUCAUAUUGUUUUCUUUCACAGUAUCGCAUGCUGUAAACUUUAAAUCCUGGUUCUAUAACAUCUCCCAUGCUGCCCAUUCUUAAAUUAAUUCUUUUGCAGAGUUAUUUGUUCCAGGCAAUAAAUUACUUUGUCUGAACAUUAGUAAGACUGUCUGCAUGCAUCUUGAUGAAGAAAUGUGGCUUUGAGCUCAUGCCUAUCCCUUGCCCCCCUUGAUGUUGAUGUCUGGAGGGAUUAGGAUGGAAUAUCAGUGUUUCUCUCCUAGCCUCCAUGGAAGUCGCAGCUGUGCCUGCAGAUCUCCCAAGGGCCCAAUCCUUACAUCACUCAUCUAUGCCAGAUGGGAGCUGCCAUAGCACAAAUAUGAAAAAACCCACCUCCACCUUGUAUCCUGGCCAACACAACCAGUGGAGUCUAGGGUAUGACAGUGUGUCUGCUCCUUCCUGGCCUAACUUUGGAUAGCUGUCAGUCAUUCUGUUGCUUCCUUUUGCAAAAAUGGAGAGAUGUCUGAGCAUUGCACAUGGACGUCUGGUGGCUUUAUUGUGUCAACCAGAUGCACAAAAAGAGCUUUUAAACUCUGCCUUCCAUGUGUUUCAACCAUGUGCAGUUUCAGCCAUCUAGCUUUCAACUAUUUAAUGUUGAAAUCAUACAUGUUAAACUCAGGAAAGUUGUGAAUUAUCUGUAGUGCAUAAUUUCAUUCAGGUUGCAGUUUGUCACAGGUAAAAAGUGGGAGAGACUGCAGAAUCAUAAAUCAUAUGUUUAGCACUACACACCAGUUCUCAAAAACAAGAUUAAAUAAUGUGUUACAUUUUAAAAUAUUUGGCUUAUAGAAUCAUUAUUUUUCCAUAUGAUAAAUUAAGUGAUGUUUUACCAUACCUGUGGUCUAAUUACAACAAGGCCUUUCCUAACUAAGAGACAUCCUAUCAGGAACAUUUUGAAUGUCAGAAAUGAGAAUUUAGCAUGUUCAGAAUACAGUAUACCAUACAGUAAAACUUUUGCAUAGUAUUAAGAGUUCAUAUUUGAGAAUAUAGUUAUAAAAAUGAAUUAUUAUGAUUAUGAUUCUUUUAUUUGUACCUGGCCAUCUGAUUGGGCCACCCCAGCCACUCUGGGCGGCUUCCAACAUAUAUAAAAACAUAGUAAAACAUUACACAUUAAUAAAACUUAUAAUGGAUGGACCAUUUCAUUUUAAAAGCUAUUGAAACAAUACUUUUAUACCACAGAGUAGGUAGAAUUCUGUUGCCCUGCCUGAAUCCCAAAGCUGUCAUCUAUAAAUUUACAAAGAAAAGAGAGUGCAAUAUUAUAUUGCUUGUUUGACAUUAGGUUCACCUGGCAAGUGCUAUUCUUUACCAGACAGGAAAGGAAAUGUAAUAUGGGAUAUUUGAAACAUUAUAAAAAUUGAAGGUACUCAAUUUUUUUACUCAAGUCCAGCUCUGCAAUUCAGUUGGAAAUGCAUUUUACUAAAAGACAAACUGAAACGAUAAAAAUAUGAUUCCUAGUAGAUGGGUUGCACAUGUGUGUGUACUCCUGCUGUUACAGAGGCAUUAGCUUGGAAAAAGAAACCAAAACUUGACACCUUCGUUUCCUUGUUCUGCACUAGCUAAACUUGUUAAGAAUGUAGAGUGCCAAUUUAAAAAGAAAAAAUGGGAAAGUUAUCAAUUCUGGCAGACAUGAGUAUGAGGUCAACAUAUCUUUGAACAAUGCUAAGAGUAGGGGAUUCUAUUUUCAGUGCUAAAGCCACCUUGGAUUUGUGCUGUGAACAGGAAGGUUGCAGCCGUACUUAUUUGUUCCUUUUAAACAUAACUCAGGAGUAGAAUCAAUAGGCAAGAAUGAACAACUGAGGAGAUCCAGAAAAAAGCAUGGCAAGACAAAGGAGUCAGAUUCAGGUGUAAGAAACUAGAUUACAGUGGUGCCUCGCAAGACGAAAUUAAUUCGUUCCGUGAGUUUUGUCGUCUUGCGAUUUUUUUCGUCUUGCGAAGCACGGUGUCGGGAAAGUUUUGGAAAAGCUUCAAAAAUCACCAAAGUCUUUAAAAACCUCAAAAAAAGGCUACCACACCGCGUUCUAUGAGUUGCUCCUCGAAGUCAAGUCACAACUGUAUUAACGGUGUUAAGAACAAGGAAACAAACUUGCAAGACGUUUCCGUCUUGCGAAGCAAGCCCAUAGGGAAAAUCGUCUUGCGAAGCAGCUCAAAAAACAAAAAACCCUUUUGUCUAGCGAGUUUUUUGUCUUGCGAGGCAUUUGUCUUGCGAGGUACCACUGUACCUGCAUUGUUUCCAGUAACUGGCAGGUUCCAACUGAAGCCUGGUACAGUGGCAACUCUUGCUACAAACACCUCGGGUUACAAACACUUCGGGUUACAGACUCUGCUAACGCAGAAGUAGUACCUCGGGUUGAGAACUUUGCCCCAGGAUGAGAACAGAAAUCGUGCACUGGCGGCGCGGCGGCAGCGGGAGGCCCCAUUAACUAAAGUGGUACCUCAGGUUAAGAACAGUUUCAGGUUAAGAACGGACCUCCAGAACGAAUUAAGUUCGUAACCAGAGGUACCACUGUAUAGCAUGGUCUCUCAGACCACCUCCAACACCUACUGCAAGUGCUUGAGUCUGCUGUAUGAGUCUUUACCCUUGAGAGGAGUGUUGUUACUUACAAGCAGCUGCUUCCUCAACAGUCACAUGAUGACAUUGGACUCUCAGAUGUGCACUCCCAUCAUCAACCAGCUGCCUGAAGUUGGACUUUCUGGCAUUUCUGCUCUCAAGGGCUGGAUGUGAUUCAACAUCUAACUCAGCCAGUGGUUCCUAUGCUAGAGGUAAGUCAGGAACCUACCCAGAGGGUCCUUCUAGGGUAUUCCUUGGAGGUAGACAUUUCAGGGCUAGUGUUGGAGGCUCUGUCACCUGGGUUGAAAAUCAUGCGAACCAGGUCUUCAGAGGAUUUGUUGGCCAAUAUUGGGUCAGGGCCUGUCAUGAUAGUGUUUAACUGCAUGCUUGUCCAUUUUCAGAUGUGGCCAGCCCCGGAGAGUUUGCUCUAACAACAAUGCAACCAUCUGAGUCAAAAUGUUUAGCUACCCCUGCUUCCCAAGUUUCUAAUUGUGCAAGUUUUGUAUAUUUGUGAAUUGGUACUAGAUGGCAUAUAGGAAGUGGUCUCUCCUGAUUUAUUACCAUCAAGAGUUUAGGCUAUAGUAAUAAAGAUGGGAUAAGGUGCCCUAGUGUUAAUUUGUUUCAUUAUCUUAAUACAGAAAUGGAAUCUGCAUAUUGCUGUAGAAAUAUUCUUGGGAUUAUAGAUUUAUUGCAUUUUGUGAUAUGAAACCUUAUUUUUAAUACCUUUUUCAAAUGAUUCCUAGCUUCACUUCCUGCUCACUAGUUCUAAAGUAAACUUUCACAUAGUUGCCAGACUCUGAAAAAUGCUUCUUAAUGCCACAAAAAAUAAAGAGUAUUUCGAAACACUUAUUUUCUUUCCCCCCACCCCAAGCUUCUUUGUGGGUUAACAGUUCUUCAAAAAUAUUGACAGAUUGAAAUCUACACAUGUACAACUCUGAAAUAAUGAGUGUCUUGUCCUCCAGCUACUUUGGAGAAAAUCCUGAUCCCACCAAAAUUAAAGUUGUAUGUAUGUGGAUUUCACUCUGUUUUCCUUUCUAAAAGAAUCCCUAACAAAGAAGAACUAUGCUUUUACCAACGUUCCGCAAUAAUUUUAAAACAUUAGAUGGUACCAGAUUUUCCAAUUCUUUGGGAUCUAUUGAGAUCUCUCUCCUUUCUCUUCUCUCCUCUGAUGCUCUCUCAUGUCUCUGCCUCCCAAAGGCUUGUGUGGCUGUUGGUGCAGCAGCCUUGGCUACAAGCUCUGCAGGCAAAUAGUGCCUCUGGGGCUGACCAGGGGGUGCUGGUUACCAGGAGCUGAUGUGGGCUCAGAGCAAGUAAGUGGACUUAGCCAGCCAGUCCAGCAUUCCUUGCUGCUGCGAAUGGACAGACAAGUCCCAAGCCCCUGUGGGACAGCGUGAGGAGGCACCUCAGGAUGGGGCAAGGGGGCAGUUCAGACACCAGGGGCGGCGGCAGUGGCUGCCCAGAGGACUCCCAAGGAGAAGGGAAUGAAGAGGAAGCUGAGGGAACACUCCACAAGGGUACUCAAAAAAGGGUGACAAGCUGCCAGCUCUGCAGGCAAGGGGUGACAUAACUGGGCUCCUGAGUCCCACAGGGGAGCUGCAGAAAGAAUGUAGUUGGUGAAGGGAGCCAUGGACCCAAAAAGGUUGAAAAUCUCUGCCCUAGGGUCUAGACCAGUGGUUCCAAUGUUUAUGAGGACCCCUUUUUAAUCUCAAGACCCCCACAUGCUGAUUGUUUUAAUUUUAGGUUCUGUUAAUUGACCAAAUACAUAAUCAAAAUGUAUAAUAGAUACUCCCGCUGCUCCUUUCUUCUUCCCUCAACCUUUUUUUUUUUUAAAAGCAAGCACCAGCAUAUGGGGCAAAGGAGAUGAUUGCCUCUAUCUGAUAGGCAGCAUUUGCCUGAGCAUGUGGUAAUAUCUCCACCAGUCCUCCUUACCCAUUUUUUCCACCCUGCAGCUAUCCCCAGCACAGGAGGAAGAAAGUGCUUAGUGCUGGCAGACAGAAGCAACCUGAACAUGCACCUAAGCAUGCAGGGAUAAUCCUGCCACGCCUUUCUUUCUUCACCAACUUUUUGUUUAAAAGUAAGCUUCAGCACAGGGCUUCACAGGCCUCUUGGGAUAAUUCUUUGGCCCUCAGGUUCGGAACCACUACUCUAGAUACUAGUUAGAACCAGAUCGAAAACUCAGAAUCUGAUCCAGAGAGAAAUCAGCAAAUAGCUAAGAGCAAAAUGUUGACACAUAAGAAACAAAAGGAAGUAAGAGAAAUAUUGAACUAAAAUCUAUCAUGUUCCCUUCAGUCUUCUCUUCGCUUGACUAAAUAUACUCUGUUCCUCCAACCUUUCCUCCUAGGACCUGCUUUCCAUAAUGUUGACUAUACUGUAUUCAUUGUUCUCUUCUGAACAUACUCCAAUUUGUUUAUAUUUUUCUUCAGAUGUGGUGUCCGGAACUGGACAUGAAUACUCUAGAUGUGGUUGGACUAGUGCUUAGUUAAGAUUAAAGAAAAUAUACCAGUUUCGCUGAGGUUACUAAAUGGGAGAGCAAGCUGGUGGGCCUCUCCCUGUUGCAAGACCAGCUUAUUCAGGAAGUAAUAUUUAGAUUUGAGGAUCUUAGAAUCACUCUUCCAAUGCUACUUUGCCUCUCUACCUGGUUCCUACACACAUCCGUGUGUAGGAACCAGAUAGAGGCAAAGUAGCAUUGGAAGAGUGAUUCUAAGAGCAUGCCCCAAUAGUGAAGAUUAUGUAGAAGUAUGUCCCACAUUUCUCUUAGGAGGGCUGGAAGAACUAGGCAGUAUGGAAGGUGGAUGCAAUUUCGUAAAUAUUGUUCAGGUUUGUACUUAAUUCUCUUGACUUGCCAAACUGAUACACGUUGAGGAAUCUUUUUGUGUGCUUUAAUAUAGUUCUGAUAGCACCUCACCUGAAACUUUCAUCAUCAUCAUCAUUAUUAUUAUACCCCACCCAUCUGGCUGGGUUUCCCCAGCCACUCUGGGCGGCUCCCAACAGAACACUAAAACAUAAUAAAACCUCAAAACAUUAAAAACUUCCCUAAACGGCUACCUUCAGAUGUCUUCUAAAAGUCAGAUAGUUGUUUGUUUCCUUGACAUCUGAUUCAUCAUUUUUAUUGCUUAACUGCUUAAUUUCAUUGCUUUUAUUUUAUGGCAAAUGUUGUUUCACCAGUCUUGGGGGCAUCAAUUCUAUUGCUUUAUAUCCUACAGAAAAAUGGAGACUUCUAGGCAGAGCUGAUACUUCAAAUCAGUUUACAAGCAAAAGGGUUGGCUGUUCUGGACUGUGAGCCAUAUUAAGAGCAUCCUGUACUCUUUAAAAAUAUGCUCUGAUAUAUGCCAAACUAUUUUUUUUAUUUUAUUUUGUGGUGACUGAAGCUGCCAAAGAAAAAUUAAGACAAAUUAUGGGUCUUUUCCCAUGGGGUUAAGACUCUUCCUCGUGUGCUUUAUUAGUGCUAGGAUAUUAAAUGUUACUUUCCCAUUGUUUAAUUGUGCAAGUUUUGUGGUUGAAUCCUAAAAAGAUUUGAUCAUAUAACAUCCAACAUCACAUCAACAGCCUUCUGUGGUGAGUGUGAUGAUUUUAUAUUUGCAGGGCAUUCACAAAAGCAUGGGUAAGGAACCUUCUGAGAUAUGUCAGCCUAAAAACACCAUCCAAUAGGCAGAUUUUUGCAGAUUACCAGGAACUUGGGCCAACAAUUUCAGUGCUUGAAAACAAUUAUCCCCUCUGUAAUGAAAACAGUUGCCUGGGUGAUCUCACCAGGGUGGUUCAGUGACUGAGCACUCACAAAAGGUAGAGGAUGCUCUCUAACUGGUUUUGGGGCCUGCUGAUGUGUAUAUCUGUUGGCUGUACUUAGCUCCUUGAAAUCUUUGCAAUCUCCACCGGAAUAACUAUCAAUACCCUUGAUAACCAUACAGUAAUUAUAUACUGUAUCCACUUCUGAGCUAAGGGAUUUAGAACUAUUUGAAAUGCUUGUUAAUUUAAAAAAGAAAGAAAACCAAUAACUAUUACUGUUUUCAUUAACAUUGAAGGUUUGUCCACGUAGAACUACAAUUACCUUGUUUAUCAAACUUACUAGCCACUUUUUAAGCAAAAGUAAAUCAAAGUGACUUACAAGAGGAAUCUGAAUAGAGACCAAUCAUCCACAUGACUCCUGAACAUUUUACUGAUGCUGUUGCUCCUAAGAAAGGCAAGGGGAGCUGGAUUGUGUCUGUCAUAUUAUUAUUAUUAUUGUUAUAUUUAUUUAUAUCCCACCUUUUUCCUGGACUGGGAUUCAAGGUGGCUUACACAAAUAAAAACAAUACAAAGUUCAAAAAGUCAAAAAGAUAUAAAAGAUAAUCAUUGAUUAAACUGUAAUAAAAUUUAAACAAUAUAUAAAAACCCAGUAAAUAAUACCCCCAAACAGUGGAUUGGUGUGGUUGCCCUUUUUCUCACUUGAACUAUGCACUUGCGCCUGGGUAGCUAAUAUGGAGAUAUAUUAUUCAGGUUGCUCUUUUAGUUCACUAUUAAACUAGGACAGUUAUUUGGUGUGGAUUUAGAAUUGGGACUGCCCAGCCACCACUGCCAGAGCUUUGAGAGAGCAGGGGGUAUUCACUCCUUUCCCCUCUUGCAUAGCUGUCAAGUGUCCCUUAUUUGAAGGGACAGUCCCUUAUUCCAGCGCCAUGUCCCGCUGCUGUCCCUUAUUGAUGGAUGUCCCUUAAAUGUCCCUUAAAGGAUAUCCCUUAAAUUUCAAAGGAAGCAGCUCCUCUCCCUCCCUCCCUGCCGGCCAGGGAGGAGGGAGGCUCCAACUGUGUUGCUUGGCUGUGUUGCUCACCCAAUAAGAAGUCUAAGAACGACUGGGGGGUGGAGCUUGCAUGCCUUGUGUGUGGCUAGUUAAUGCAAGCUGAGGGGGUUUUUGAAUGCUGAACGCCAUUUUGUUGCACAUGCUGCUGCAAACUUUGCAGUGCAAAGCCAGGCCGGGGAGCCAUCUUAAGUUGAGGCUGCAUAGGCCUUGUGGUGCAUGUGAUUCAGAUUCUAGUCAGUUGAACCUCAGGUUACAAAGUUGGUUGGACAGUGUCCUCGAAGCUACCAGCAUGAGUUUGACUAGACUGCAGGAGGACAGGAAGACUGGAGUGCCUGGGACAGGUGAGGCUGCAGGUCCCUUAUUUUGGCUGCUGGUCCCUUAUUUUCAAGGCUGUUGGUCCCUUAUUUUCAAAUCUGUAAGUUGACAGCUAUGCUCUUGCUCCCCUCUUCUUCUUACUCUUCCCUAUCUUAUGCCUGCUGCAGCAAGCAAAACUGGCAAGAAUGUGAGGAAAUGUGUGAUUUUGUUUAGAUUGGGCUCAUUUGAUCUUGAAGCAGUUCUGUCUUUUUCUUACCAGUAAAAUAUUUAUAGUGACCGUAUGGAGGCUUGUUAGGAUAUUUCCGUUCCACCUUAAAAGGGAGCAGGCUGUGAGUCAGAGUUUGCGUAUUUCCUGUUCACAGGAUGUUUAUGUUUUCUAUUGCUUUCGUUUCUCUCUCUGUGUCGUAGACACCGAAGCAGGCAGUCACGGUUUUCUUUGUUCUGAUCAACGCUGAAUAAAACUUGUAAAUAAUGCUCUCCUGGGUGCGACUUCUGCUGUGCAUUAUCUGCUGAUAAAGAGUGUGCAUCGGCUCUAGAAUGUUCUGGAGCUCAUGUCGCUAAUUGCUGAUACUGCGUGUCUACGGGAGAUCGAUGGAUCGUCCGGCAGCCAGCUUGGGGGCCAUGAUGGACUUUAUCUCCCUGGCAGUAUCCCAACAACAAGUUAUGGGCCCAGAUUCACGGCACUUACAGGAGAGUAAGACUGCAACAGACUGUGUUGAGGUAUGUGGAGGAAAGGCGAAAGUGAGACUUUUCGUUGCCGCGGCAAAGUCUCUUUGAACUCCAUCAGACUAAUUGGUCUGGGAGCUGCGCCAAGCAAGCUUCGUGAUUUAUGGCUGCCAAGAUAAGGAGUCUCUGAAGUGAAUAGGGCUCAAGGCUCAAGUAAAAAGCUGGAAUGGAGUUUUUCCAAGCUUCUGAGGCUGCUGAGUGCCUAAAGUUAAAUCGGCACAAUUAUGGGACCUGGGCUGUGUGGUGUGAGAGCUUGCUUCGACAGUUUGGAGUGUGGCAUACUGUGUCUGAAGCCCCUCCAGUUCCUCUGACAGAUAGAUGGAGAGCCCAGAAUUCGAGGGCCAUUGACGUAAUAGUCUUGUCCGUCUCUCUGGAGGAAAUUAAAACGUUAGCUGGCAACGUGACUGCACGUAAGAUGUGGAAUGCUUUGAAGAUAGCCCAUUUGCCAGUCAUCCCAGCCCAGAGUUUGACUGUAUCGGAGGUCCUGGCUGUUUCCCAGAAUGCGAGAGAAUGCAGGGAUGCCGAGGGCACCGAUUGCAAGCUGCAGGGGGAGCUGACUGUCACGUCAUCCCAGGCAGCAUUCCAGCCUCCAGGGGGAGCCAAGGAGUCGGCAGCUGAGAGCUCUGUUUCUCAUGGAGCCAAGGUCAUUCUCGCAGAUACCGAGAAGUAAACAGAGGCAGAUGCCUGCAGAUGGCCCGAAGCAGAAGGGGGGUGAAGAGCCCACGCCAGUGGAAAACAAGGCUUUGUUUGCUGGCACAGCUUCACCAAAGGCUAAAGGCAAGUCUGAUGGCCAGGAGCAGGGGGGCAAGCAGAAAAAGCCCACGCCGGUGGAAAACAAGGUUUUGCUUGCUGGAAAAGCUGCUCCAAAGGCCAAAGCCAGAUUCGUUGUAAAAUCUGGUGCAUCAAGGCACAUUGCCAACAAUCGGCACCUGUUUAUCUCCUUCACGCCUCAAGAUGGAGAGAUCCACCAGGCUGACACUACGCUAUACAGAUGCAUUCUAGGCAAGUUGAAUUUCAUUGCUAGAUGCUCAAGACCUGACAUUGCUGUAAGCACUAACCUGUUUAGCAGACAUGCUAACAAUCCUACUGUUCAGGAUUGGAAAGCUCUGAAGCGCAUAGCCCGCUAUUUGAAAGGGACUUUGCACUACAGGCUGAGGUUCACCAGUCAGAAGACUGGAGGUCUUGAAAUCUUUGCAGAUGCAAGUUUUGGAAGUGACACCACGGAUGGUACAAGCACUUCUGGAGUAUGCUACAUGUACAACCACUGCCUGUUUGACUGGUUGUGCAAAAAGCAGAUGACAGUGAGCCUAAGUUCCUGUGAAGCAGAACUCAAUGCUCUGUCAUUUUCACUCAUGGAUUGUGAAUGGUUGAUGCAACUGUUUAAGGACAUCAGAGUUUCUGUGAAAUGUCCUGCACAAGUGUAUCAAGAAAAUAGAUCUUGUUUGGCUUUGCUGAACUCAGAGAGUUGCAAGCAAAGAACCAAGUACUUGCAGAUUAAGCUACAUCGUGCAGGAGAGUGUGUUCAGAAAGGACUCAUUCAGGUGUCCUACAUGCCAGGAAAUGAAAUUCCUGCUGAUCUGUUGUCUAAGGUUGUUAACAGAGAACAACUUAAGGUUUACGUACAAAGGUUGCAAUUGGGUUGAACCACAGGUACUACAGGUUACACGGAAAGGGGGAGGAUGUUAGGAUAUUUCCGUUCCACCUUAAAAGGGAGCAGGCUGUGAGUCACAGAGUCUGCGUAUUUCCUGUUCACAGGAUGUUUAUGUUUUCUAUUGCUUUCGUUUCUCUCUGUGUGUCUUAGACACUGAAGCAGGCAGUCACGGUUUUCUUUGUUCUGAUCAACGCUCUCCUGAGUGCAACUUCUGCUGUGCAUUAUCUGCUGAUAAAGAGUGUGCAUCGGCUCUAGAAUGUUCUGGAGCUCAUGUCGCUAAUUGCUGAUACUGCGUGUCUACGGGAGAUCGAUGGAUCGUCCAGCAGCCAGCUUGGGGGCCAUGAUGGACUUUAUCUCCCUGGCAGUAUCCCAACAAGGCUAACUACUUGCUUGCAAUGGAUUGAUUUUUAUGGGAAGUGGUUGGAUUUGAUUAGUGUUAGAUUUUUUUGGCUCAUGCGGAAAGGCUCUCUCUCCUGUUAGUUUUUUGUUGCUUUUAAAAAUAAUGUGUGAGUUUGAAGACUCUCGCCGUUAUUUUGCUCUUUCCAUUGCUGCUGAACUGCUUUCAGUCUAUAACCUAGGGUGAUAUAAUCAAUACUGAAAUGGUUACUAAAGUGUCACUUAAGGAUUUUCAAAUCUUACAGGGUAUGGUGCAGCUGAGUAAUCUAUCAACACAAGACGUUUUAACAGUGUGGAAAAAUAUUUCAGUAUGCCAUUUAGUUUAAUCAGUUGUUCAGACAGCUGGAUCUAGCUUAUUUUAGGAAUCUGUAGUAGAACUGAUGUAGAAGGAUUAAGACAAGGAGGCAAAAUUAGCACUAAUGCAUUUGGGCCUGGUAUGUGGAAUCCUUGGAAUGAUCCUGGGUCUGGCAUGAGGAAUGUUGGGAAUGAUGGUGAUUAGAAGUGGAGGAAGACAUAGCUAUAUCUGCCGGAUUCUCUGAGAAUAAUGGGCAAAGCUUGCUACAUUCAUCAGCAUGCUAAUACUGAGUUUCUGAAUGCUAUAUUUGAGGAGAUAGUAAGUUGAGGGGAACAAAGGCGGAAUGGAAAGUCAGCAGACAUUAGUUUCCCUUCCAUUCUUAGAAGGAUGCAACCCAUUUGAAUACAAUUCAUUGAUUGUGUGUUUUAAAGCCAAUUGUUUCAUCAGUUUUCCCUUUAGAAAAUAAUAGGGUGGAAUCCGCCUGGUGCAAGGUAGAAGAUGGCUUUAGGGCCUGCAGGCAGAAUAGGCAAAAAUCCUCUCAUCUUCUGUUAACAGAUGCCUUCACUACAUUGAAAGCUCUUCUGUGAGCCCAAUAGCAUCAACUGGGUACCACCCAUAGUUUUUAUGUAUUGUAUGAAUAUGGAAGGAAUAACCCUGGACCUCUGGGCAUUUCCAAACUGUUGUUCUUUUGUGGAUUAGAUUUAGUUGCAUACCGGCAAACUGAGGUUGUACAAUUAAAGUGUAUUUGGCAAAAAGAAAAAAGAAAAGACUUUUUUUCCAGUAAAGAAAGUGACAGGAAAACACUUUGGAGAAUGUGGGAUAAGUACUUGCAUGAUGCAGCCUUAUAUACCCUCCCUGCAAACAAAUCAGAACCGGUGCUUAGUAAACAGCUGACAUCAUGUUAACCCCCCCCCCCGAAUCAUGUAACCUGGGAUGAAUUUUCAAGAAGCACGUCAUCUGGUAGCAACCUCAAAGCUUUCAGCCAUCCUCACCAAAGUCGGUCCCUGUUUUUACUUUAUUUUCUUGUUAAAACAAGUAUCCCUAUUUUGCCUUUGGGGGAUAUAUCUCAUUAGUGUGUGCACAUGUACUAGAAUUCUUCUCAUUCCAGUCCUUGGUCAAGUUUCUAGAAGUUGCAUUUUGACUCUAGUGCACAUGCAUCUAAAUGCCAGUGCACUGCUUCCCAUAACUGCCUGUCUUGAUGGCUGCAAAAAGCAGUGUUGAACAGACUAUUGCAGUGUAAACAAACAUCAAGCAAAGAACCUUAAGCAAUGUGUUCUUUGUAUUGGGAGGAUGAAAAUUUCAGACAGUGAUCCUUGGUGUGAAAAUAAGUUACCCAAGUACACAAAUGUUAAAGAGUACAUAGAGGUCAAGUGAGCAGUAAAUGAAUUGCUGGCUCAUGCAGCAUGCAUUUUUAAUGAUGUUAUGCAAAUCCGUGUUUCCCCCAUGAAGCUAAGUGAGCGACUUUGGAUAAGCCUUUGGUUUUGUGAGGAUUAAAUAUAGUAUGACCUCUCCUCAACAAAGGUAGCAGAAAAUGUCAAUAAAUGAAUAAAUAAUAUCAAACUGACAUAGUGCUAUUUCCUGUAUUCCUCAUUUGCGUGUUCUUAGCUAAGUUUUUGUGCUUCUCAGCCAUGUUCCAAAACAAUUGCUUUGAAUCUGACUGAGUUGAGUCAUUCCAAAUGGAAUUGAGAACACUGCUUUAAUAUAGUUGACAUAAUUGGAUUAAAUUGCAGAACAGAUCUUUCAGAGAAAUGAGGCAGUUAAUGUGAGUGAAAAGUAAAAUAAGUAGCUCUGAGGUGCUAAUGUAGUGGGACAGAUUGAAUUGACCCACAAAGUUAGUGCUGUGGGAGAAUGUACCUUUCCAAAACAGUCUGUGCAUCAUUAAUGCAAAAAUAUUUUGAGAAGUAAAUAUGUUGUCAUAACUUUUACUUUGUGAUUUUUUUUCCACAGUAAGAAGAUAAACAAUAUAUUCUGACAGUUUUUAAAUUUUUGCAUAUAGCUGGCUUGCCUGUGGUUACAGUUGUAUCAUUGUAGAGUCGUCAUAGAUAAUGACUUAUUGUGUACUCUUGUUUAUUUUACCUGGUGCUUUCUUUGAGGAAUAGCCUAAACUUUUAAAUAAAUUCUUGAUUUGUAGAUCAAGGAUCUGUCUUUUUACCUUGUAUCAUGUAAUUCUUUGUAUGGCAGUAUAGAAGUCAGAGAGACACAAGGAAUGUUUAUGACACCCAUCCCACCAUAAUCUAAACCUAUCAAGGCCCAUAUUUGGCCUGAAUACCAAUAAGGUAAAGAGUAUAAAUACUAACUGCACAUGGUACUUCCCACAAAUUUCAUCCUGAGAGUUGACCCCUGAUGUUUUAUUUUGAGCAAGUUGAUCUGUGCUUGAUUCUGCUAUCCUGUAUUUCAUACUUUUUAAAGAUUUUAGAGAUGUCUAGCGUUACACUUUUAUGCUGAAAUGUGGGUUGACAAUAUUUUAAUACAGCCUGUAGCACAUAAUGUAUUUUAUAAAUGAUAAAGCACGUUCAUCUCUGAAGAAAAAAAGUAAAUGUGAUUUUUUUCCCCCCCUAGCACAAGGCUUGACUUACAAAAGUUUUUGCUCUCUUUCUUCCUCCAAUCUCUCUCUUGGCCUGUGCAGCUUUUACAGAAGAAUGGACAGAUAUCCAUUAUUAAUGGAAUUACAGAAGAACAAGUGGAGCUCAGCCUUAAGCCAGAAGAGCUGAAAAAGGAGCAGGGAGAAGCAGUCAUAACAGAUGGUAAGUAGAUGCUUAUAAUGACAUGGAAGAUUACCCAGGACUAUGGGACACACAGAAGGAAAUUGGUAUCUUGAGCCCUUUCCUAUAGUACAAAACAUCACUUUAUUAAUUUAACACUUUGAUCCCAGGUUCCUUAAUUGGGGGUGCCCUCCCCCAAACAAAUGAUUGGCAUUUCCAGCUUUGAUAGUAAUGACCACCUGUUGGAGAAGAGCAGGUGCCUGGAUAAAGCAGCCCUCACCACCUGGUCCAAUCAUAAUCAGUAAUGUUACAGAUUCUUUGUAAUAGUAAAGGUUCAAUCUAGCUCCACUGCAGGUACUGUACCAACAUGCAUAGGUUGCCUGUAUUGUCCAAUAUGACCCUGUUUUUGCUGCCUUCACCUAAGUGCUUACAUGUGUAGGCUAUAUAAGGAAAGGGAAGCACAUGUGCUCCUCCCAUAUCCUCAUCCAACCUUAUUUCUCUGUACCUUUUUAGUUACAUGUGUUCUAGAGCAUAUACAAGUUGUAGAGCACAUGUGCAGAAGUCAAGUUGAGGGCACAAUAUCCAUACAUGGACCUUUCAUUUCUUGCAACAGCCCCUGUGUGCAAACCCUUAGAAGAAAUGGGACUUUCUGAACCCGAUGGGAAUCUUGUGUGUGGUGUUGUAUCCAAGGUGAACUGGGUUAGGCCCACUGUUUUUGAAAUAGUCUAUGUUUUCAUUCUUCACUCCCUUACUAAUAGUUGAUAUCUCUAGAGAGGCCCCGAACAAACUGUUUGUGUUGCAAAGAAAACAUGCAGCAAGUUCAUCCUGUUGUUAGAAAGUCCAAAUAACUUAAGUUUCUCAAUCAUUAUGUAAAUGUUUCGGUGUUUUUAUGUUGGUUUAAUAUACCCAAAUUGCUUGCUGAAUUUGGAGAGACCUCUGAAUGUUAGAAACUUUUUCUGCCUGAGCACACCUGCUCCUGCUGCUGAGCCACAGCCUCUUAUAUGCCUAUUAUCUUGUCCAUUAAUAGAAUCACACUUUUAAAAGGCAUAUGUCUGCAGUCCUCAUAGCUCAGAAAUGAAGUUUUAUUUAUUUUCAUUAUAGAUGGUAGUACAAAAUCUCACCAAAUUUGUUUCGGCCUCUGUUCUUUAUGCCAACCAUGUUUGCAACCCAUAUUAUUUAUAGUUUUUCCCAUCACUACAGUGCCAUAACCUGACAAUCUUCAGGGUGAAACUUGACAUGCUGAUUUUGACUGACCAGCUGCUUUUAAGUGCAGAUUUUUAGUUGUUCUAGUGUAUUUGACUGAUACUAGUACUGAUGCAAGUUUUCAAAAAGUCACAUGAGGAUUUAAAUAAGUAGUACUAACAGUAGCUUUUGUUUUAAUUUAUCUGUUUGCUAUAAAGGGAACAGUAUAUAUGGUUACUGUUGAUGUUAUAAAGAGCUUUUCAUCUUCUCCAUUGUUAAGAUUGUAUUUGUUUUUUCAGAAACCCUUUGAUAUAGAGGCAUAACUUCAAAAACUUUCAUAUGCACAUUCCCUGCAGUUAAAGCUUAUCCAGUUUUGGGCUCAUAGGAAAUGCUCUGUUACUUCCUUCUUUCUAUAUACAAAAGCUGCUGUUAAGACAACAUAUUCACUUUUUACAUGUUUGAUAAUGAUUUUGUGUAGGCAAAGCUCUCUUAAUUCCAAUUGUGAGUCAGGAAGGGGAAAUGUACUGGGUAGCCUUAUCCACAGUCCAAUUAAGCUGAUGUUCUUAAAACCAGCUUUGUCCUACUGAUUAAGACAGCUUUUUAAACAGUUUGAUUGGAGAAUGUCAGGGAUGACACAGUGUUUAUAGUCGAAGUCUGUUAUAGUCUGUUUCAUGGCCUAUUUGAGAGAGAGAAAGAGAGAGAGAGCAGUAGGGAUAAUGGUGGCAAUUAGGAUUUUUUUUUAUUUCAUGCAAAUUAUAUACCUUUUGAUAUUUAAAACAUUAAAAAACUAAAACAGAUUAAAACACAUCAGAGUGUUCUAGAUACCCAAAUACAUUUGUCUAAACACAACUGAUUUUAGCAGGCAGCAAGAAGAGUACAGUCAUACCUUGGAAGUUGAACGGAAUCCGUUCCGGAAGUCCGUUCAACUUCCAAAGCGUUCAAAAACCAAAGCGCGGCUUCUGAUUGGCUACAGGAAGCUCCUGCAGCCAAUCAGAAGCCCCGUCGGAUGUUUGGCUUCCAAAAGAACACUCGAAAACCGGAACAGUCACUUCCGGGUUUUGAUUGUUUGGAAGCCAAACCCUUCGAGAACUGGGCUGUUCCAAAACCAAGGUAUGACUGUACAGCUAUAUCAGUUGGCAGGGAAUUCCAAAGUAUAUGCACUGCCACAUUAAAAAAUUAAUUUCUUACAAAUGUGGAACAGAUAUUAUGUGCCACCUGUAAAAGUGGCAGUUCCGCAGAUCAAAGCAAUUGAGUGGGCAUAUCUGGGAUGAAGUGAUCUCACAGGUAAACUGAUCCUGAGUUGUUAAGGGCUUUAUAUAGCAAUAGUAACACCUACCUGGCCCAGUAGGCAUCCUAGAUCCUAAGCUUAGGAAUUUAGAGUACAGUAGACCAGAAGGAAUGUUUGGUACCAGGAACUCAUCAGGUAAGGAUUUUAAUACCAAAACAAAUAAAAGUUGGAGACUCACUAAUGUUGGUCUUCAGAACAGUAGCAUAACUUGCAGUUUUGGGAGCAAAAAAAAGUGCUGAAAUAUGUGUAAGAGUGUUGAAAAUUGUGUAUGGACACCAAAUCUCUGCGCAUCUGUCAAGCUUGCUGGGUAGCCUUCAACAACAGCAUCUUCCUUUGUAAAUAUGAUCGGGGUAUAAAUGAGGUGAAGACCGUAAAGGGUUGUACACCAAAAAGUCUGUAAGACUUAAAAACUCUUAACAAAUCAAUAUUGUGGAUUCAAAAAUAAUACAGUCUCUUUGAUUUAGAGGUGACUGGUUUGUGAUGGUGUAUGGGGCUGGGCAUUUCAUUGGAAGGAAAAUGUUCACAAGGUAAUAGGAGUAGCUGAACUCUUUCUUAAACAAAGCAGGUAAAUUCUUCUGCAUUCCAGACUAGCUAAAUCACUGAAAUACAAGAGAGGGCUUACCAAUGAGUCAAGGGGCCACUUCUCACAUUACUUUUUCCUACAGAAGAACUGGACCUGUUGGUGUGGAAAGUGCAGAAAAUGCGUGCCUGCUUUAUCUUGAGAUUAGCUAGACAUAUUUCUAUUUUACCACUGAGACACAUCUGGUUUCCAUCAAACAUUUGCUUGUCAGAUGCUAGUCCUAGCAGAAAAUAGGAAGUAUUUUUCUGGACAUUCUCAUAUUACAGCCCACAUGUUUCUUUUUUGCUCUUUCUGACAUACUUUUAACUUCUGGAGGGUCUUGAUGAGAAUCAGAAAUGUCCCUAGUUUACAAUCAUGGUUUUCAGGGCAAGUGCAAACCAUAGUUUCCCAGUUCAGAUAUAAUGUUAAAUUGGUUUGCUGUAAACCAAGACAUAAUUCAUUAAGUAGAGCACAGUGGAGAGAGGACUACACAAGCAUAAUGCUUGCUUCCUUAGUGCAUAAAUGCUUAAGAGGAGCCCAAAAGAUCAAGCUAAAGGCCUAUGUAGUCCAGCACAUAGUCCAGAACAUGUGAAGACAUGUUCACAGUGGACAACCAGAUGCCCACAGGAAGUCUGCAAGCAGAACCUGAGCACAACAGCUCCCCCCCCUCCUGUGAUUCUCAUCAAUGAGUAUUCAGUGGCAUACUGUCUCCAACCAUAGAAAAUAUAGGGAGAAAGGUAGAAGACAUGGAGGUAGAAGGUAGAAAAUAUAGCCAUCGUAGCUAGUAGUUAUCGAUAGCCCUAUCUUCCAUUAAGUUAUCUAAUUUUUUAAAAAAGUUAUCCAAGUCCGUGGCCAUCACUACCACUUGGGAGUUAAUUCCAUAGUUUUAACUAUGUGCUUUGUGAAUAAGUACUGUACUUUCUUUUGUCUGUCCUGAGACUUCUAGCCUUCAGCUUCAUUGGGAAAUGCUCUCUCUAAAAGUAGCUGGAAAUAGUUAGUGACCACUGAAGGCUUGCUUUUUUUGGAGGGGAGUGUCAUGGAGUGAGCACAGCUGACUGGCAACCUGAAUUUGAGCAAUCCAUGCUACAGUAUUUUCUUGCAGCUUCUACUUGUUAAUUGUAGUUUUAUAUGCGAUACAAUCACCAUGGGAAAAAUGUCAUGGCAUAUGCUGUUGCAUCUGCAUCGUUGCCUUUGUCAGUCUUGGGUUUGUGUUUUGUUUUUGCUAAGGUUAGGGCAAAAGCAUGUCAAUGGUUUUCAAAUUAUUCAUUGGAAUUCUGGGUUACAGUGGUGCCCCGCAAGACGAAAUUAAUCCGUUCCGCGAGUCUCCUAUUAGCGGCUUAGCGGCUAUUAGCAGCUUAGCGGCUAUUAACGGCUUAGCGGCUUAGCGGCUAUUAACGGCUUAGCGGCUUUAAGAAAAAGGAAACAAACUCGCAAGACGUUUCGUCUUGCGAAGCAAGCCCAUAGGGAAAUUCGUCUUGCGGAACGACUCAAAAAACGCAAAACCCUUUCGUCUAGCGAGUUUUUCGUCUUGCGGGGCACCACUGUAGAAGUUAUUGGGAUUGUUCAGUGAGAAGAAUAGUAAUGUUAGAUAGUGUCUGAAGGGCAACUCAUUCGUCAUUACUCACCUUCCUCUACAGUGCACACUCUGGGCCAAAUGAAAUGUAAAACUAAAUGUGUGAGUGUUCAUUUUCUUCUCCCUUUUUAAAUAACAGCUUCUGGAGAUAGGUGGGUUUGGGAUCAAGGUGCAAAGGAAGAAGGUUUCAGCCUUUCCCUUCCAUUAUGGAUCCAUGUGAGAGAAGCUGUCUUCCUGGGUUUAGUCAUCAGGACUAUGACUGUGAUAGGAAUGGCAUGGUGAAUCCCCUCCGUGCUGACAUGAUCCUGAUAUCCCUAAGCUAUUUAGGAGAAAACUAGACAUGUUAAAGGUAUUCACACAUUUAACUUAAUGUUCGCACAUAAUGCUGAACCGAAACAUGGCUUAUUGCAUCCACAGCUAUGGAUUAAGCAAAACGUUAAACGUGUAGAAUCAUAGAAUCAUAGAAUCAUAGAGUUGGAAGAGACCACAAGGGCCAUCGAGUCCAACCCCCUGCCAAGCAGGAAACACCAUCAGAGCACUCCUGACAUAUGGUUGUCAAGCCUCUGCUUAAAGACCUCCAAAGAAGGAGACUCCACCACACUCCUUGGCAGCAAAUUCCACUGUCGAACAGCUCUUACUGUCAGGAAGUUCUUCCUAAUGUUUAGGUGGAAUCUUCUUUCUUGUAGUUUGGAUCCAUUGCUCCGUGUCCGCUUCUCUGGAGCAGCAGAAAACAACCUUUCUCCCUCCUCUAUGUGACAUCCUUUUAUAUAUUUGAACAUGGCUAUCAUAUCACCCCUUAACCUCCUCUUCUCCAGGCUAAACAUGCCAAGCUCUCUUAGCCGUUCCUCAUAAGGCAUCGUUUCCAGGCCUUUGACCAUUUUGGUUGCCCUCCUCUGGACACGUUCCAGUUUGUCAAUGUCCUUCUUGAACUGUGGUGCCCAGAACUGGACACAGUACUCCAGGUGAGGUCUGACCAGAGCAGAAUACAGUGGCACUAUUACUUCCCUUGAUCUAGAUGCUAUACUCCUAUUGAUGCAGCCCAGAAUUGCAUUGGCUUUUUAGCUGCCGCGUCACACUGUUGGCUCAUGUCAAGUUUGUGGUCAACCAAGACUCCUAGAUCCUUUUCACAUGUACUGCUCUCAAGCCAGGUGUCCCCAUCUUGUAUUUGUGCCUCUCAUUUUUUUGCCCAAGUGCAAUACUUUACAUUUCUCCCUGUUAAAAUUCAUCUUGUUUGUUUUGGCCCAGUUCUCUAAUCUGUCAAGGUCGUUUUGAAGUGUGAUCCUGUCCUCUGGGGUGUUAGCCACCCUCCCAAUUUGGUGUCAUCUGCAAAUUUGAUCAGGAUGCCCUUGAGUCCAUCAUCCAAGUCGUUGAUAAAGAUGUUGAAUAAGACCGGGCCCAAGACAGAACCCUGUGGCACGCCACUAGUCACUCUUCUCCAGGAUGAAGAGGAACCAUUGAUGAGCACCCUUUGGGUUCGGUCAGUCAGCCAGUUACAAAUCCACUGAGUGGUAGCAUAGUCAAGACCACAUUUUACCAGCUUCUUUACAAGAAUAUCAUGAGGCACCUUGUCAAAUGCCUUGCUGAAAUCAAGGUAGGCUACAUCCACUGCGUUCCCUUCAUCUACCAGGCUUGUAAUUCUGUCAAAAACAAGAUCAGGUUAGUCUGACAUGACUUAUUUUUCAGAAAUCCAUGCUGACUAUUGGUGAUCACAGCAUUCCUUUCUAGGUGCUCACAGACUGUUUGCUUAAUGAUCUGCUCCAGAAUCUUCCCUGGUAUUGAUGUCAGACUGACUGGGCGGUAAUUAUUUGGGUCCUCUCUUUUCCCCUUUUUGAAAAUAGGGACAACAUUUGCCCUCCUCCAGUCUGCCGGGACUUCGCCUGUUCUCCAGGAAUUCUCAAAGAUGACUGCCAGUGGUUCUGAGAUCACAUCUGCCAGUUCUUUUAAUACUCUUGGAUGCAGUUCAUCUGGCCCUGGAGACUUGAAUACAUCUAAACCAGCCAAGUAUUCUUGUACUAUCUCCUUAGUUAUUCUGGGCUGUGUUUCCUUUGCUGAAUCAUUUGCUCCAAAUUCUUCAGGUCGGGCAUUGUUUUCUUUAUCGGAGAAGACUGAGGCAAAGAAGACAUUGAGGAGUUCAGCUCUUUCUGUGUCCCCUGUUUGCAUUUCACCAUCUUCUCCUCUGAGUGACCCCACUGUUUCUUUGUUCUUCCUUUUGCUACGGACAUACCCAUAAAAGCCUUUUUUGUUGCUUUUAACCUCUCUAGCAAGCCUGAGUUCAUUCUGCGCUUUAGCUUUUCUGACUUUGUGUCUACACGUGCUGGCUAUUUGUUUGAAUUCCUCUUUGGUGGUUUCCCCCCUUUUCCAUUUUUUGUACACAUCCUUUUUAAUCUUAACUCAGUUAAAAGUUCUUUAGAUAGCCACCCUGGCUUCUUUAGGCACCUUCCAUGUUUCUGUCUCAUUGGUAUUGCCUGACGUUGUGCUUUUAGUAUCUCCCUCUUAACAAACUCCCAGCCAUCAUGAACUCCCUUUCCUUUUAGUAUUACUGUCCAUGGGAUCUCACCCAGCACUUCCAUAAGUUUUAUGAAGUCAGCUUUCUUAAAGUCAAGAAAUUGAGUCCUAGUAUGCUUGGCUGCUCCUUUCCGCUGUAUAGUAAACUUCAGAAGAGCAUGAUCACUCGCGCCUAAUGAUCCUUCCACUUCUACCCCACUAACCAGGUCAUCAACAUUGGUUAGGACCAGAUCUAAAAUGGCUGUUCCUCUUGUUGCUUCUCCCACUUUCUGGACAAUGAAGUUGUCUGCAAGGCCAGUGAGGAAUCUGUUUGACCUUAUGCUCUUGGCUGAGUUUGACAUCCAACAAAUAUCCGGGUAAUUGAAGUCCCCCAUUACUACUACCUUUUACAUGCUUGGCCAUCUGUUCCAGGAAGGCAUCAUCUAUGUCCUCCGUUUGGCUUGGGGAUCUAUAGUAAACUCCCACAAUGAGGUCACUGUUAUUCUUCUCUCCCUUAAUUUUGACCCAAAUGCUCUCACUUUGGCUUUGAGGUUCUAAAUCUUGGAUCUCUUCACAGGUAUACACAUCCCUGACAUAUAACGCCACUCCUCCUCCUUUCUUGUGUGGUCUGUUUCUCUGAAAUAGAUUGUAUCCCCCCAUUAUUACAUUCCAAUCGUGGGACUUAUCCCACCAGGUUUCAGUGAUGCCUAUUAUGUCAUAUUUACCGUAUUUUUCGCUCCAUAGGACGCACUUUUUCCCCUCCAAAAAUGAAGGGGAAAUGUGUGUGCGUCCUAUGGAGCGAAUGCAGGUUCGCUGAAGCCUGGAGAGCGAGAGGCAUCGGUGCGCACCGACCCUCUCGCUCUCCAGGCUUCAGGAAGCUAUCCGCAAGCCUUGCAAGCCCGGUGGGAGUUCCCGCGGGCUCACAAGGCUUGCAGGCAGCAGCCUGCAGCCCCGGCGAGUGUCCGCAAGCCUUGCGCGCCAGGCAGGAGGUCCCGCCGAGCGCGCGAGGCUUGGGGCAGCAGCCUGUCGCCCGAGCACGGGGAGCCCUCCGGAGGGCUCCCCGUGCUUCGGGCGAGUGUCUGCAAGCCUUGCGCGCCGGGCAGGAGGUCCCGCCGAGCGCGCGAGGCUUCGGGCGGCAGCUUGUCGCCCCCGUGCUUCGGGCGAGUGUCUGCAAGCCUUGCGCGCCCGGCAGGAGGUCCCGCCGAGCGCGCAAGGCUUGGGAUGCAGCCUGUCGCUCGAAGCACGGGGAGCCCUCCGGAGGGCUCCCGUGCUUCGGGCGAGUGUCUGCAAGCCUUGCGCGCCCGGCAGGAGGUCCCGCCGAGCGCGCAAGGCUCGGGCGGCAGCUUGUCGCCCGAAGCACGGGAGCCCUCCGGAGGGCUCCCGGUGCUUCGGGCGAGUGUCUGCAGGCCUUGCGCGCCUGGCAGGAGGUCCCGCCGAGCGCGCAAGGCUUGGGGCUGCAGCCUGUCGCCCGAGCACAGGAGCCCUCCGGAGGGCUCCCGUGCUUCGGGCGAGUGUCUGCAAGCCUUGCGCGCCCGGCAGGAGGUCCCGCCGAGCGCGCAAGGCUUGGGCGGCAGCUGUCGCCCGAAGCACGGGAGCCCUCCGGAGGGCUCCCGGUGCUUCGGGCGAGUGUCUGCAAGCCUUGCGCGCCCGGCAGGAGGUCCCGCCGAGCGCGCAAGGCUUGGGGCUGCAGCCUGUCGCCCGAGCACGGGAGCCCUCCGGAGGGCUCCCGUGCUUCGGGCGAGUGUCUGCAAGCCUUGCGCGCCCGGCAGGAGGUCCCACCGAGCGCGCAAGGCUUCGGGCGGCAGCCGCUGGGGGGGGGGGGGGGGAAUAAUUUUUUUUAUUCAUUUCCCCCCCCCAAAAAACGAGGUGCGUCCUAUGGGUCGGUGCGUCCUAUAGAACGAAAAAUACGGUAGUUUGCUGUACCAAGAGCUCAAGCUCAUCUUGUUUAUUUCCCAUGCUUUGCGCAUUAGUGUACAGACAUUGAAGUCCAUUAAUCAUUCCCCCGUGACUCUUAUUUAAGGAUUUUUUCCUCCCACCACUAGGUCUGUGUGCUGUUUGCUCCAUUUGGUCUAUGACAUUUGGAUGAUCAUCUUCAUCAAUUGAUAGACUCCUACCUUCAGGAGCACUGUCUCCAUCCCCCACAUUAGUCAGUUUAAAGCCCUCCUGAUGAGGUUUCUGAGAUUUUUGGCAAAAACAUUUCUCCCAACCGUUGUGAGGUGCAGCCCAUCGCUUGCCAGAAGUCCAUCUUCAAGAAACUGCAGUCCGUGAUCUAAGAAUCCAAACCGUUCCUGUUUACACCAUUUGUGAAGCCAGCUGUUCACUUCCACUAUUUUUCCCUCUCUCCCUGGGCCACGUCGUUCAACUGGGAGGACAGAUGAGAUCACAAUUUGUGCAUUUAAUUGCUUCAAUUUCCUGCCCAGAGCCUCGUAGUCUCUUUUGAUCUUCUGGAGGCUAUUGCUUGCAGUGUCAUUGGUUCCCACAUGAACCAAGAGGAAGGGGUAUUUGUCAGUGGGUUUUAUGAUUCCUUGCAGUCGUUCAGUUACAUCUUGGAUCUUAGCCCGGGAGACAGCACACUUCCCGAGACAUCUUGUCAGGCCCACAGAUCACUGCUUCUGUUCCCCUCAGUAGGGAAUCCCCUAUCACCACUACACGCCUCCUCUUAGGUUUGGUCGGGGUUCUUCCGUGAGCUGUCCGCUCCAAGGUCGCCUGCACAUUCCCUGAGGACUGACUUUGCUGCUCGUCUUCAUAUACCUGAUACUUUGCUGCUCGUCUUCAUAUACCUGAUGUAUAUGAAGUGUAAUUUGCUUGUCUGCAGUCUGACAAAUUUCAUGCAUUUGAACGUUAAUGAAAAUGUUCCACACUAUUUGUAUUUCAUUGCAAUUUGAUCCCACUGUGUUCAUAUCCCUCCCAUCCUGCACCCCAAAUAUGUAUACGUAAUUGCCAAUUGAAUAUAAUGUUUCUUGCAUCUGAUGCAGUGGUUUCCAGCCUAUGACAUACUAUGCCAUAAUUGCCAUAAUAAUUGCUUUAGCAUUUGAGGUGUUUACAAGGUUGCAAGGUUCUUCACUGAACUUUCAACCAUGGCAUUGAACUGUAUAUAUGAGAUUAAAGUUCCCAGAGGAAAGAGUCUGGUUGUUGGAAUAUUCUUAUUUUUGUAUAUAGAAAGUGGUUCUGGAAAUUUUUCUCCUUUCACUUAGUAGGCAUGUAGUAAAUAUGAGAGAGAGGUAUGUUACACCCUCCUUGAUCUAAAGGACUUCCAGUGAUCUGCAUAAAGCCCUUUGUAACAAUAGGGGAGGUGGUUUGGUCAGAGGGUGGAGAUCUCAUUGUUAAAUUUAGGAAUAUAACCUGCCCACUCAACGAGCAGCUAAGAAGGGGAUGGGCCACAGUGAGCUGUCUGUCAAGGACCAGUCUGCUGAAAUACAACUUCAGUCUGCCUUUUUCAUCAGACACUGAAGGACUGAAACGUGUUUCUGUUAGCUCUGCUUCCCUCCUAACCCCCUCCCUCUGAUUGCACUGUGACUUGGAGAAAUAAAAAUAACGGAGUGUCUUGCUUUGAGGAGAGGAAAAUCCAGGUUGCCAAAGGGUAGAGAAAAUGCUGGGAACUAUCACUCUAACAGGUAUGAAAUGUUUACAUUUUGAAUUGUAUUGAUGGUUCUGUUGUCUCUUUGCAAUGGUGAUUCUAUGCAGCAGCACUUUUGUCCAGGACUCAAGUAUGUGACACACAUAUUGGAGCAGUUCUUUAUUAAUCCAUGUACAGCAUAGUCUAUACAUGUCUACCUGGAAGUAAAUCCCAUUGAGUUCUGUGGUGCUUAUUUCCAGAUAAAUGGGCAAAGUAUUGCAGCUAUAAUAACUUUUAAAACUUAUAAUUUAUGUUUAAAUAGGAGUGGGGAAGUGUUUUUGGAUUAAAAUCCUAAAGCUGCCGCUCUAUGCACACUUACCUAGAAAGCCUGUUGCAGUUACAUUUACUGCUGCGUAAAUAUGGUUGAACUCAAGCAUCUUUAUGUGGUUGAGUUAGGUAAAUUUCCCUACAUGUUUACGCUUUAAAUUAGGAAGUUUAAUUUAUAGAACAAUAGAUUUCAAAUGCAACAGUAUUUCUUAGAUUGCAAAGUACUUUAGGAUGAGUGAUUUUAUAUUGGCAGGGGUACGCUAUAUUCUCUGGUAUCUUUUCUACUCACAGAAGCUUGCUUGUUUUUGAUCUUUCAAAUGCCAGAGAAUUCUGUACUUAAUAAGUUUUUUAAAAGUUUUUAAAAGUUUCAUAUGGAAGAGUAAACCCCCCCAUUUACUCUUUAGUCAUGUCAUUUAAUUACCAUAUUAUUUCACUUAAUUUACACUGUGAGUUUUCUCUCAGCCAUUUGAUCCUAGGUUUCAUAUUUUUUUGCAACCUCCCAUGUCUUAAAAGUAAACUUCCUUUUCCUUAAUUUCCAUUAUCCUUGACCCCAGGCACAACCUUUCUACAUAAAUAAUGGAGCAAACAUCUGUUUUAACUUCUGAAGUUCAAGUGAUCACUGCUCACUUCAUCUUAUUCAUUAAAAAGUGGACUAUGUAUCUGCUCAUAAACACAAAAUCAUUAAAUUGGAGUGAUUUAAUUAGUGUGCUUGGAGGGAAGCUAUAACCCCCUCUGCCCCCAAACUCCUUUACAACUUAAUUUUGGAAACAAAGACCUUUGGAAACUCAUCAGUAUAUUGCUGAAUGGUUGGGAACAGUUGCUGAAAAACAAUACUUAGAAGCACCAGGGUUUAGACACUUCAUUUUAUCUUUCCUGCUGAGAUGCUUGUUGAAACAUUCCAUCAUUUAUAGAAAAAAAAAGAACAGUGAUGGUGGACAGUAUAGUAUAUUUAUUGCAAUAUAGGCAAUAAAUAUUUUCAGCUUAUGCAAAUGUUUUACUGCAUCUCUGCGAGAUUUCCCCUCAGUUUUGCCUAUUAGUCAUUUUUGUUUGAUCUUUUCUCAUAAACAUUAAAUAGUACUAGCACCAACAAACAGAACUAUGACUUUUUUCUUUUCUUUUACAAUAUCAGUGCUGUGGAAUGUAUAUGCAUCGCAUGUGGAUAACCGAAAGAGACCAGUUCUGUUUUGACUUUACUGUAACUUGUUCAGAAUGCUAAUGUGUUUAUUAUCAUUCUGAUAGUAAAUUGGGACAUUUUAAAACUCCAUAUGUCAUAUACAGUUAUAUGCCAAAAUGGCUUCUCUUACAGUUGUAAAGUGCGGGUUGAACUGACAUCACCACAGAGGUCAGUUCAUUUGUUUAAUCUAGGUAAAAUACAUUUUAAAGCUUGCCCUGCGUAGCCUUUUCUAAUCUCAGUGUAACUGUAUCCAGCAAUUGAAUUCCUAUAACAAAAAGCCAGCUUAUACUUGGGAGUGAAGAAGUAUGGCAGUUCAAAUUCAUUCUUAAAUUGUUCAGUUGGACCAGCUGUUGUUAGACUCAUGACAGUGAGCAAUUUUCUUUCCACAUUAAAUAUGUUGUAACACUAGGUACAAAAUAGAGCUGUGAAUUUUUUAACAGCAGUUGGUUUUAACCAAAUAUUUCAAGGCAAUGAUCUACUCUCAGUUAAACACAAUCAACGACACUGAUGGUAGUAGGAUUAACUAUGAAAUAGAGAGACUAUUCUGGUCUUAGAUGUUUAAAUAUGGAAUAAACUUAAGUUUUGUUUUAAAAAUUGUUUGGAGACUUUCAGUGGCUAGAGAAUUUUGGAACACUAGAGACCCGGGUGUGUAUGACAUAUAUCUGAUGGAUACAGAAUGUAGGGAAUUCAUGGAGAAAAUCCAGGGCAGGGCAGCAAAUCCGGGGGGGGGGGGAGUCAACCAGCUCCAGAUGUUGACAUGGUUGACUGCAAGCACAUGAGGUGUUUCAGAUUUAACUAUUACAGCCCGAGAAAUACUUUCUGUCUUCCAACUACAAGAAAUGGUAUCUCUCCUUUCUUGUAAGGAGAGUGAGAAGGUGGGGGAAACGGAAAAAGUUUGAAAUGUUUGUUAGUAGUAAAAUGUAUGUGUAACACUUUUUAGGUAUUGUGGCAGUAGACACUCACUUGAUUUUAUUCAUGUUGGAAUGGAUAGUUUAUCUUCCUAUUCAGGGCAUCGUCAUAAAACAACUGCUUUAAGGCCCAAUAGAGUUUUCCCUAAUGACACAUUUAUUUAAAGUAAUAAGGAAGUGUUUUCUUUUUACAUUGUAUGUCAAAUGACUGUGAAUGUUGGACCCAAAUUUCUAACAGCACGUUCUAAGUAAGAUAAGCUCUAUAGUACCAACCACAUCAAUAUCAACUGUGGGAAUAAAUGAGUGCCUGUGUAUUAUACGAAGGGAAGUUGUAGUGAAGAGAGAUUGAGUACAAGUACUUGCAACAACUAGUAGCCAUAGAUGUAAUGUGUCUUCCCGUGACUCAUCCAGCCUGUGGAGUGGGACUGGAUGAGUAUCAUGAUUUUGAAUGUGCAUGUUCUCAUUUACACCACCUGCAUGCAUACCUUGCCAGAUUUUCCUGGCUUGAUCAGAGGACUAAGAAAGGGUGCCUUUUGCUCUUUGUUCUGCUUUUCAUUCAGUCUCAGAGAAGGCUUAAAUCAUUCUAAUGCCUCAUUAAGGCUUUUUGUUGUUGUUUUUUUUAGAAGGUAUAGUACAGGAGUGAGAGAAUCUCAGCUCCUGGUAUUCUGGCUAUAUAGAAACCUGAAAAAGUCAUGCUGGUGUCUAAAGUAUAAAUUAAAAUUGUGAUUGCAGUGCUGGAGUUGAUCCUUCUUCAAGGUCCUAUUUUUCAGAUUAAAAUCUUCCUCUACCCCAAAGUAUUGGGGGCACAGGGGGAGAUGAAACUUAAUGGAACCUUAAAAAAAAAAAAGCUAGCUGAAAUUUCAUUACAUGUAUACAUGUGACAUUCAGUUAAGCUGUCUCGUCACUUCUUUUCAAACUGCACAAUUAAGAACGAAGUCAGUAAUGCUAACUUUAUUGAGUCAUUACUGCCAUAUAUAAGUAUGAACUGGCAUUUCAGUGAAGCAAACCACAAACAGCAGAGUUAUACUAAGAAACACUGUUCUCUAUGGUUGACAGAUAGUUUUGAAUGUCUUUAGACCUGAAAUCAACAUUGUUUACACCAUCCCUUUGAUGUAACUUCACAUAAAGCUACUCUGCAAAGUAAUGGAGGGCUUCUUCCAAUAGUGAGCAACGUUGUUGGGCACUCACAGAAUGGAACUAUGGAGGAGACUUGAUGUAGGACAGGGUGUGGCUAAAGAAGCCUUGGGGUACAAUAUUUGGAUGUUUGGGUGGAGCCACUCCUUGACACACAAAGUGGUUUUCAGCAUUUUCAAGUUGAUCUGGGGUAAACCUUUCUAGAAUUGUAAUUAGUACUCUUAAAAGCAGUAAUACUUUUUCAGUGAAUUUUAUUUUAUUGGCAUCAUUGCUAUUCAUAGGCAUCAUUGAAAGUUAUUUUGCUUCGGCAUGCUUUUUCUUAUGAAUCCAUAAGCAUAGCAUAUCUUGAUUUUUUAAAAAUACAUUGAAUGUAGUUAUAUCCAAUCUCGUCUAUAUUAUGCACCUAGUAUUUCACAUAAACCUUGAGAUUUGUUAAGUAAAAUAGCAAUGAAAUACUGCCCUCUGCUGUUCAUUUUUGUCAACAAAUUAGUUUUUCUUUUUGAAGAUAACAGUUUUGCUUCUGACAUGUCAAAUGACAAUGGAACAAUAAGACAGCGCCUGAUAAACUUGCAAUCAUCACAUUAAUUUCUAAAUAUUAUGGUCUGCUUCACAAGUCACUUUAAAUGAGAGUUAAACUAAACUGUGGUUUAAAGCUGCAAACUGUUGUAGCAGUUUUGCUCCUCUGCUGGGAAUGUGGCUUGUUUGGGGAAAACAAGCCACAAACCUUGGUUCGAACAUAAGACUAAGCCAAACCACAGCUUAGCUCCUAGCAGCAUGGUGAUAGCUGGAGCAGAGGAGAAGUGAAAUGCCUGUCCUUUCAGCAGCAUUCACCCACAUGCUGUGUGCUAACCUUUAAACCAUAGUUGAAAAUGGUGUGUUAGUAGCAAAAGGGAUGUGUAUCUCAACAGUUAAUGCUUUCUGGGACCAAUUUGUUUAUGUUUUAACUUAUAUUCUGCUUAAAUUCAUAGAAAUUAUAUCCUACAUUUCCUCCCAAAGGAGUUUAGAGUGGCAAACAACAAGCAGUAAAAACACAUUAAAAACAAUUUGAACACAGAUGCAGACUGGGAAAGAACUCGACCUAAAAGGCUUGUAGGAAGAGGAAGGUCUUUAGUAGGCACCAACAAGACAACAGAGAUUGGGGGGGGGGUCUGUUUAAUAUUUAAAGAGAAUGAAUUCAAAAGGGUAGGUACCACAGCACUAAAAGCCUAAUACCUAAAUUGUGCAGAACAGAGCUCAUAAUAAAAUAGUAUUUGCAGGAGGCCUCCUUCACCUGCAGAGUGCAGGGGUCAACUGGAUAUGUAAGGGGUGAGAUGAUAUUUAUGUAUCCUGAUUCCAAUUUGUAUAGGGUUUUGUACACUAAAACCAGCACAUUGAACUUAGUCUGGUAGCUAAUUUUCCACCUUGUAGUCUUCAAGGUGGCUUAUGAUACGGAAUAAAACAACAAAAAAUCAAUCCAAUUAAAAGAACAGCAGCAACUAAAAUGGAUUCCUAAUAAUAAGAUUUUCCAAUCCAAAUUCUCAAAAGGUCUGGCAAGGUAGAUCUUGUCUUUACUGAAGUAUUAAAAAAUUGGUAACAAAUUGUAGCUGAACAGUUCUUCAGGUAGAGGUGUGGUUUUUUUGGUCUUCAAAGCAUUCACCAGAAAGUCUCAAAGUAAAGUUAUGGAGCAACUGAAUAAUAGAUUUCUCACAGAAACAUCCUAAAUGUGGACACUUUUCUUUUGACAAGCAAACAUUCUCAGGCCACUUACUGCAGCUUCACCUCAUUGCAAUUUUAAGUAAAGCUAAAUGCAUACAGUGUAUCAUAGGAAUCUAGUGUAUGGUUUGAAGGUUGCUAGUGAUAGGUGUUUGUGAUUAAGCAGGUCCAAUUACAGCAGUUGUAGUAGACCUGGAUUUCUCCUGCUGUAAAAAGCCUGGGAAACAGAGGCCUAAUACUGUACUUGCCCAAAUCUAGUACAAUUAUAUGUAGUCAAGGUUCUUAGGUAACUGGAAAUCGUUCAGAUUUGAAUUGCUUGGCCUGUUGAUAUGGAAGGUACUGCAUUGCAGAUAAUGACUAUAAAAUGUUGUGCUCUCUGAAAGUAUGCAUACAUCUCUUGAGGAAUUAUUCUGGGGGUGGUUGGAGAUGGAAGCCAUCUGUAUGGAAGGGCAAGUUGCCAUUGAUUAUUGCUUUAUUAUGGUUUGAUCAUGGUCAGGAAAUGUGCUUAAUGUAAUGCAAAUCAGAUCAGAUGUGAUUUAGUUGUUAGAGGGUAUGGAGCAUUUUUAAUAGAGGGGUACUUUUAAAAGAUUUCUUUACAGUAAAAGCAGAGAGACAGAUUUGUUUUUUCUUUAUUUUGCUAUAUAAUUAACAUGUCAGAAAAUACUCCUGCUUCUUGAUCCAGCAGAUGCCCAGGAAGGAGAUUCAGGACAGACAAAACUAUGGUUGUUCACAUAAUUCAUUUAUUUACCUGUGGAAUUCGCUCCCUCUAGUGAUACACCAGAUAACUUCAUUUUGGGAGUUUUUGUUGACAACUUGGUACAUACCUGUUUACCUAGGCAUUUGUGCUGUCUUGAGAUCAAGUGUUGGGCUUAUUUCUGCUGCACAGUGUAUUUUUCAUCAUCAUAAUUUUAUUUGUAUGCUGCCUUUCCAUAGUUAAAACCAUGCUCAAGGUGGCUUACCACGUAAAAAGAUUUAUAUAAUUACAAACAAAGCAAAAGUAAAACACAUCAAAAAGUGCACAACCAAGCUGAACAAUUUCAACAUAAAUCAUAAUAUCUAAAAAUAAAGAUACAAAAAUUAACAGCAAUAAUAGCAACAAACAAACAAACAAACAAAUCCCUAAACAGUACCUCAGCAGCCUCCUGGAGUCAGUCAUUCAAGGCCCCUCCCUCCUAGGCCAGGUGGAAAAAAGGCUUGCAAGGCAUGGAGCAGGUCUUCCAGGAAUCACAACCAAAAUUUAUUGUUUGUUAUAUAAAAUUGAUAAACUGCUUGAUUGUGAGAAACCUCAGUGUGGUUUACAAAAAUAUAAAACAAGAAAAGCCUCUUAACUAAUGAAAAUAGACUAUGGUCUCAGCUGCUGGCUUGACUCAGAUACUAUUAAAAAAAUUAACUCCUUAAAUUUUGGAAGUAGAGUGUCAGGUUGGGAACAUGGUGUGGCUGCCUUUACAUUAUCAAAAUUCUGAAAGCAAAUUAUUUGUUUUCCGAUGUCCACAAUUUAUUUAAAAUUCUUUUGAUGCCCUAGGUUUUUCCAGUAUAAAGCUUCCAACCAAAUUUUGAAGUGACUUUAUUUCACUUCAUUAUCUCUCUAUAUAAUUAUGUUUUGUUAAUUUUAUGCAUAGAUACCCUUAAAAUAAUGGAAUCUAUUUUUAUCAUGCAUUUUAAAAGACAUACAGUCGUACCUUGGUUCUCGAAUGGAAUCCAUUCUGGAAGUCCAUUUGACUUCUGAAAAUGUACAAAAACCAAGGCGUAGCUUCUGAUUGGCUGCAGGAGCUUCUUGCACUCAAUCAGAAGCCGCAGAAGCAGCAUUGGACAUUUCUGCUACAAAAAAGUUUGCAAACCGGAACACUCACUUCUGGGUUUGCAGCGUUCGGGAGCCAAAACUUUCGAGUCACAAGGCGUUUGGCAACCAAGGUACGACUGUAUAUAAUGUCCACAAUCUUGUACAAAAUUGAAUAUGUUUAAGCUCAUUAAUUUUAAUGCAUUUGACUUUUAAUAAAAGUGCAGUGUAUUCCUAUAUGGGUUUACUUGGAACUAAGUCCCAUAGCCUUACGCCCAAGUAAGUGUGCCUAGGAUUAGAGGAUUAGUGAUUAUUUCUACUUUUUAUGCAAUUUAGAUAGAAUUGUGAUAACAGAAUGCCUAAUUAUUUAUUGCUUUUAAAUGUCUCUUACAGUUGGACAAAGAGAAACUGCAAAUGUGAUUCUAAAAGAAGAGCCAGCUGAAAAUAUGGAGACUAAGCCAGCAGAAUCACCUGAUAAAUCUAACAUAGAUGUGGAGCAGAAAGAUGCAGAAGAUGCUGAUCAGCAAUUGCCAUCAGAAGAAGAAAAAGUGGAAGAGCAGGCAGAACCUAGUGAAUCUCCAUCAGCGAAUGAUGUUGGAUUUAAAAAAGUUUUUAAGUUCGUUGGAUUCAAAUUUACCGUCAGAAAGGAAAAGACUGAAAAAGCAGAACCUGUUCAGUUGCUGAAUGUGAAAGCAGAUGAGACAGAAGUGCUAUCGGAAGGAGCUGGAGAUUGUAAAGAAAUCAGGCUAGAUACAGUGGAGGAGGAAACACAAAGUGAGGUGCCCUACCCUGUAGAAAAGACUGAGCAAGAAACUCAGACUGAGCAGACAAAAGAAGAAAUUUCUCCUGAAAAGGUAACAGAAGGUCCUGUUGAAGCAGGAAGCAAGGAGACAGAGAUUAAAAGUGAUGGUAGCAAGUCUCCAGAGUCUCCAACAAGUCCAUUAACUAAUGAAACAGCAUCACCCCUAAGAAAGUUCUUUACCCAGGGUUGGGCUGGGUUUAGGAAAAGGACAAGUUUCAGGAAACCUAAAGAAGAAGAACAGCAAGCCACUGAGAGAGAAAUGCAGGAGCAAGAAAAAGGAGUGAUAAAAGAGGAAGCCACUCCCACUGAAGAAUCAGAAAAAGAAAAACCCAUACCAGAAAAAGAGAAGGCAGAAGUGUCUAUAGAAGCCAGUGAUGCUAUAGUAGAAAGAGAAGAAACAAAAAUGAUAGAUGUCUCAACAGAAACACAUAAGGAGGAAGCUGUUGCUGCCUUUGAACAGCCAUCACCACAAAUGUCUGCUGAAAGUGUAGACAUAGAACCCAGUAAAAGCUUGAAUAAAAUCGACUUGGAGGAAAACUUGGAACCUGCACAAAAAUGUCAAAUGGCCCUGGAGCAUAGCCCUCUUGCAUCAUCUGAGAAAAAAUCUGAACUAGCAGCUCCUUUGGCAACUGAAGUAUUUGAAGAAAAAACAGAUCAGUCUGCACCAACUUCUCCAAUGCCUAUAGAAACACCUGAGGAGCAUUUUGAAAUAGUUGAAGCCAUAUCUGAACCAAAGGCUCCUCUGGCAACGGAAAAUUUUGAUGACAGACCCACAGAGAUAUGCACUGAUGUUAGCACUACUGUGGAGAAGGAAGAACCAAAACCAACUGAAAAAUCAAAACUUGUUCUUGAACAGUUCGUUGAAACUGAUGCUGAGAUUAAAGGACAAGCCACUGAUGAACAGCUAAAAGUCAAAGAAAGCUUAGUUGAACUACCAAGCAGUGGAGAUUCAGCAACAAUCAAACCUCUAGAAGUCAUUACAAAUGAAGUUGAAUUACUUUCAUCUCAAGAAAGAGCCAAGAUACAAGGCAGCCCCUUAAAAAAGCUUUUUACAAGUUCAAGCUUAAAGAAGUUGUCAGCAAAGAAACAUAAAGGAAAAAGAGAAGAAGCUAAGCUAGGGGAAGCAGCAGAACAAGUACAGCAGUUGUCUGAUUCUGCAGAAAGUCCAGAAGAUCCAAGAGCAGAAAGCUCUGCUUCUUCCCCUGAAGAAACAACAGAAUCUGUAGGAAAAGUUACAGAUGCAGCACAGACCACUGAAACGGAAGAUGGUUCUACUUCAGAUAUGGAGAGGAAAAGAGACAUUGUUACACCUUGGGCAUCAUUUAAAAAAAUGGUGACUCCUAAGAAACGGGUCAGGAGGCUUUCUGAAAGUGAUAAGGAAGAAGAACUUGAGAAGGCAAAGACUGCUACUCUAUCUUCAACUGAAAGUGCAUCUUGUGAAGAGCAGGAUGAUAUAAAAGAAAAUGUUGAGGAACAGAAAUUAGAAAAAAGCAUAGAUGAGCCCAAGAGAAAGGUUGAUACUUCUGUAUCAUGGGAAGCCUUAAUUUGUGUAGGUUCAUCUAAGAAAAGAACCAGAAAAUCAUCAACUUCUGAUGAAGAGAUAGGACAAAGACUUGCUCAAGAAGGACAGAAAAUAGAUGAAAAUGGGCCCAAUAAAGAAACAGCACCAAGCAUGACCAUUACUAGCUCACAAGAAAGUGAUCAAGGACAAGGAGGUUUUUCACCAGAACAAGCUGGAAGCCCAUCUGAAGGUGAGGGAGUUUCAACAUGGGAGUCCUUUAAAAGACUAGUAACCCCAAGAAGAAAAUCUAAAACAAAAAUGGAAGAGAGAAAUGAAGAAUCUUCCACAGCUCCAAGUUUAGAACAUUAUACUUCAGAUGGAGAGUCUGGAAAAGAAGAAUCAUGGGUUUCAUUUAAAAAACUAAUGCCUGGUCGUAGGAAGAAGAAGUCAGAUGGAAUACCAGAACAUGCUCCUGUUCAGGAAGCUGGAGAAGAAAUGACUGAAAUCCAUGAGGACGACUCUGAUGUUCCAGCCGUUGUUCCUUUAUCAGAGUAUGAUGCUGCUGAACAAGAGAAGUUUGAAGCUCAAAAGGCAAAACAAGAUGAUUUAACUAAGAAAACUUCAGACCAGUCAGAAAGUACUUUGAUUAUUGAGCAGUCCAAUGAAGGACUAGUUCAUGCAGUUACUGUCACAAUGGUAGAAGGAGAGAGAGCAGUUACAAGUAUUGAAGAAAGAUCACCAUCUUGGAUAUCGGCUGCUGUGACAGAGUCCAUUGAACAUGCAAAGGAAGAUGAAGAGAAACAUAUUGAUCAGAUCUCUGAAACUGGAAUUGUGGAAGAAAUGGUGGUGGUUACUAAAGUCAUGCCAGAAAUUCAAAAGGAGUUUAGCGGUGACACUCUAACCUCAGAAGCAAUCACAGCUAGAGAAGAAACUUCAGGUGUUGAAGAAACAGCUGAAGUAUCCUGUGCUGAAGAGACAACGGAAAUGGUUUCAGCAGUUUCAAGGCUAACUGAGUCCCCUGAUACAACAGAAAUAGUAACACCUGUGCAGGAGGUAGAGGAAAGCCAGCAAAACCUAGAAGAACUAAAUAAACAAACACAGGAAAUUCUGCAAGAAGUUGCUGAAAGAGUUAAAUUGUCCAGCGAAGCACAGGAAACAAUUCUGCCUGAGAAAAUAGAGAAAACAGGGCAAGAAACUACUAUCAUAUUUCAAGAGGCAGAACCACCCUCAAAGGAAGAACCAGAGAAGACAGAUAUCCAAGUUAGUGAAAGUAGUCAAAGUCAAGAUGAAGCUAAAGAAAGUAGUUCAAAGGAAGCGUUGGAGAAGAGUAAUGACAUUUGUGUAGAGGUGAAGGAGAGCUCGAAAGAAAGUGUUAGCUUGGAUAAGACUGAUGAGAGUCAUGAUUCAAAGAUUGAACAAGGAAUUGUUCAAGAAAUCAUUGAAAAACAGACUGCUGAAGAGGAAGGAUUUGUCAUUAUCACAGUAACCCCUGAAGAAGGGCCAGAAGUAAAUGUUGGUGACUUGGUAAAGGAAGCCAAAACAAAUUUAAAAGAUGCAGUUGAAGGUGGGAUUACAGAUACUGGUCGAGCAGUUGAUGAAUUGGCAAAAAUGUCCCAUGAAGAGAAGCCUCAGUUCUCCCAGAAACUCGAACAAGUGGUGAACACCAUACCUGACUUGGAAGCUAAAUUAGUAACUGCUGCAGAUGAGGUAAAAGCCCCUGUGCAAAAAGAAAUAAAAGAAGCUGAGCCUCCCUGUGCUGAAAUUUUUGUCCUUGAGGCACCCAUCCAGAGCAAGGUAACUGAAGUUCCAGUGCAGAAUGCAGUAACUGAAGUCAGUGACCUAGGUAUGGCCAAACAUGCCACACUUGGCUUACUACCAGGAAGCACAGAGAAUGUUGUAGUUGAGGCCUGCAUCCAGAACAAAGAUACAGAGGUUUCUGUGGUAACUGAGACCCAUGUACAGAAGGUGGAACCCAAGGGCCAACUGCAGAAACCAGAAACCAAUAUUUCUAUGGUAAAUGAGAAACUUGAACCUCUCCAUGCUGAGACUGUAGAAGAAGACUUGCCCACAAGAAAGGUGGAAGUGGAGGUCCACAAGCAGAAUGCAGAGACUGAGACCCAUAAGCAGAGUGUAGAAACAGAUGGCCAUGUCAAAGAGGUGGAAAUGAAGUUCCUCGAAGAGAGGGUAGAAGCAGAGAAGGCAGAAUUAAAAGAGGACUUGGAGCUUCCCACAAAGGCAGAAGCAGUGUCCCCCUCAGAAAAAGAAGUGGAGGAACAUAUAAAAGAGACAGAAGCACAGAUCUCUACAGAAAAGGCACAUGCAAAGUUGGAGACAGAUGCCUGCACAGAGAAAGUAGAUGUGAAGGCAGAUGUAGAAAAGGUGGAAGUUGAGAUUUCCAAAACACAGAUGGAAGUGCAGACCUCCACGGACAAGGGGGAAUCACAGGCUCCCUCAGAGAUUAUGAAAGUGGAGGACCCUAUAGAAAAGACAAAAGCUGCAGCAGAAGAAUCAAAUGCAUCUGUUUGUGUGGAGGCCAUCACAGUGAAGCCAGAUGUGAAAGUGCAAGCAGAGGUGCCUGCAGAGAAGGCAGAAACAGUGGCCUCAUCAGAUCAGCCAGAUGAAAAGCUAGAUAUGGAAACUCCUUCAGAGAAGGUGGAUAUAGAGUCUGCUGUAGAGAUUGCCAAGGAAAAGAGUCAAGUGAAGGUUCCUGCAAAGAAGUUGGGUGCAGAGGACUCCGCAAAGAAGGCAAAAGUGGCAUCUGUAGAAAAAGCAGAAGGUGAUAUUAUUCUUAAAGAGAAAACAGAAGCCCCCAUAGAGAAGGCAGCCAUCAAGGCUGGUGUGGAGGUCUUUGCAGAGAAGGAGGAUGCAAAAGUGGAAGUGAAAUCUCCUUCUGAGAAAGUGCAUAAGGAGGUCUUUUCAGAACAGUCAGAAGAAAUUGUGGAAGCAGAAACCACUGUCACCAAACAGCCAGAGGUAAAAGAGAUCCUGAAGAAUGUGGAGAAUGAGGUCAGUUUCAACUCUGAGGUUGAAGAUACUUCAGAUUCCCUAGCAACAUCUGUUGAGAUAAUUUAUGAUAAAGCCUCUGUAAUUAGUGACAAGACUGAAGCUUCUGGGCAGAGAGAAAUGCAAGAUGUUUCCCUUUCCUUAGAAUUAAAAUGUUUUGAUGCAGUUGUUACUGAGGAGCUUUCAAAGAACGAAGUAAAAGAUGACUCUCCCCUAGUAAAAACAUCAACAGAGCAAGCUGUAGCUGAGAGAUCUGUGGAAAGGGGACUAGUUGAAGUCUCCACACCUGAUCAAAAUGCAGUGGAUGUCAUCCAGAAGGAUGUAGCAGAUGCCAGCCAUACCUUGAAACUGGAAGGCACAGAAGGAAUUGCGGUUGACGUUCCAAAAAGUAAAGAACACACACUUGUAACUGCAACUGAAGGAUCUGUGCAGAAUGAAAAGGAAGAUGCACUUACUUUGGGAUCAAAACACACUGAGGCUGAGUUAACAGAGGACAGCACUGUGAAAAGUGAGGCAACUGUGGAUUUGGUGAAAAAAGAGGUUGAAAACAGAGAGCUAACAACUGAAGCGAAAUUCACAGGAAUUGUAGCAACUGAAGCAGUAAAGACCAAAGUUGGAGACACCCUCAUCUUGGACUCUGGUGCUUUAUCAGAUGUCAUCUCAGAAAAGAAAGGAGAGAGUUCUGUCACAGAAGGCAGUGAAGCAGGUAUAAAUGGCGUUUGUGUACAGAGUGAAGUGUGUCCUCGUAAAUUGCCCCUGGAAACAGUCCUUCCACUUCCACAAUCUGCCACAGUUUCAGAUAGCUCUGAGAGAAGGCAAGCAUUGUCGGAGAAGGUGCUAGUAACAGAAACAGAAAAAUCAACAGGGAAAAUUGAACUUGCUGAUGCUGAUGCACUUUGUGCAGCUCCAGUGCAGCAAGAAGUGUUCACUGAGCAGCAGGAGGUUAUCACCACUGACAUUCCUGAAGUACAAAGUUAUGGAGUUCAUAAAUCCUCUGUAACAGUAACAGCUGCAACAGCCGAAGAACAAGUUGUUGCAGAGAAUGCCACAGUUACGGAAACAUUAACUGAAAACCUGCAGUCUCUCCUAGAGGAGCCAAAAGAAACCACGUUCAAAACAGUUCAGCAGGUGAGCUUUGUUCAGCCAGGACUUGGGGCUCUAGGUCCUGAUAAGGAUACAGUGUCAUGGUCUGGGAAAGCAAAUUCAGUGGUAGAGGAGGCAGUUUUAGCAGCAGUAACAUGCACCAAAGAUGAUUUGAUCCAGAAGUCUGUAUUGGAUUCCAGCCCAGAAAUGAAGCUUCAGAGAUUAGAAUCAAGUCAAGAAGGUGGAAAAAAGACACCUCCAGAAAGAAGCCCCUCUUUAACUCAUAUAGAAUUUCAAAAAGAUGUGGUUCAAUCGGUGACUAUAGAGUCACAGAGUACAAAAAUUGUGCUGAAAAUCAUCCAGAAUGCUGUUGAUACAUUGGAGGAAACAGAAGAGUUGCCAUCUGUGUCAAAGCAACAGAGUGAGCCAUUUCUAAAGGGUGUAAAUAAAUCUGAAAUUCAGGAAAGUUUGCAGACUGGUCAGAUUCUUCCUGUAAAAGGCAAAGGAGAGAAAGAUCUAGAGAUCCAGCCAUCAACUAUAAUUUUAACUCAAUCUGCAGAGAAUCAAGAGGGCUUCAAAGUGGCAGAAGAAAUGCCUUUUGCUUCUGAUAAAUCUGAAGACGCUAAAGUGAAACUGAUGUUGCAGCCAGAUGAACGAUCAGGUGCUGUGACAACACUAGCACAAGACCCUCAAUCUCUGAAUGAAAUUGUGAAAGAAAUUAAGCAAGAGACAGAUUUCCAGAAAGAAAAUGGUGAACCAAAGCUGCAUUCUGCAGGGGAUACAGCCACUCCAACAGAGAUUCAGAGACCAGCAGUAGAAGAUACUGCCUCAGGAGAUCUACCCAAAGAGUCACUUGAAGUGGCCCAACCAAGGCUGACGGAUGUAGAAGCUGGGCAGACUGUUCAGAUCCAACAGCAGUUUAUAGAACAACAAACACCUAUGAAAAACAAAGAUGACCAGAGCCAAUCAACAGGAUUCGUGGAGACAUACACAGAGAAAGAUGUAAAUAAUCAAGACUACACCAUCAGUGAGAGUCCACAGCUAAGCUUAGAGCUCAUUGAAUCCUGAGGUUUAAUGUAAGUACUAUUUAAAUUCAGAAUAAUUAACUAUUUUCAGUGGCUUUUUAAGCUAGAUAAUUGAGCUAGAUAACUUGCUAUCAGAACUACAAAUUAUGGUCAUAUAUUUCAUUGUCAAAUGGCUUAGAACAGGUUUUCAGUUUCUUAUUUGAGAGACUGUACUUAGUAUUUUUUUAGAAAUAUCUCUAAGCCGUCUUUUGCAUUCAAUUGAACUUCAGAAUUUAACUUUGUUCCAGCAGUUAACAAGUUUCCCUAAUAUGCAGGCAAAUAUGGGACAAAGUUUGACUCCUUGUGCAUAUGCUUGCCUUCACAUGGCCUGGUUAGCGCCUAAUGGCACGAUGGGAGCUGGGCUGGGAAAGGUGCAAAACAACUGGUUUUCUAAAUGUGCACCAGCAUGCUGGCUUGCUUGUACUAACCCAUUCUUUUUGCCUAGAACUAUGUGUGAACUGAGCCUGUGAAGAUCCAUUAUUUUGCCAUCACUUUCAAAGGAUGUUAUUUAAAAGAACAGUGAAACCUAGAGGAGGAGGCCUUCACACAACUUAAAGCCAUAUACAGCUGUGGCUAAAUAGGAAAUGUUCAUUUCUGUAAUUAUAACAGAUGGCUUUAUGGCAUUGUCCUAGUCUGUUGUCCCCCUGAAUGAUGCAGCAGGUUAACAGGAUAUAUUCAGAGCCCCAAGUUUACUCAGGUUUGUAGAAGCAACUUGAGUCUCUUACCCCUUUAUUAAGGUGGUCUGAAACUCUUCUUACCAUAAGGUUCCUGUGAGGCUUAACUGUACAGUUUUAAUCGCUACCCAAACUUUUUAAAAAUACACUUUUCCCUCUCCCUAGGAUACAUCCAGUGACCAACACCAUGUAGUUGCUCCACUCACAAUGCUGUUUUAGCUGCCCCCACCUUAAAUCUUAUCUGCUGUGGCUGGGCCUGUAUUUGCUGUUGUGUGUGCUUGCCUCUCCUCUGCCAUCCCACAUAUUGCCUUAUAUGCAGGUGGGAGCUGAGUCAGCAUCUUCAGGCUGUUCUUGCAGCCAAACCACGUCCUCUCUGGCACAAUAAUCAGAUCCAGUGAGAUAGCAGCCAAGGCUGUUCCUGGCUACCUCCCAAUAGGUUUCUUAAUGUAAAAAGAAGAGUCAACCGCAUAUUCCGCAGCUGUGCUUAGAGCAUACCUAUCACAAGCAAACUAUCGGACAAAUCAAAACACCGGUUAAAGCUAAUCACUGCUUGCCUGCUUCUUUUGCUUACCGACUACUGCAGGGAAGAUGAACCUGUGGUUGUCCAGAUGUUAUUGGAGUUCAGUUCCUUCAGUUUCAGCCAGCAUGGUGAAAUACCAAGUAAGGGUUGUAGUCCAACAUCUGGAUGGUCACAGGUUCCCCACCUUUGCACCACUGCAUUCUCCCUUCUGGCAAGGGAAGGUUAACAAUUCAGCCUUAUACAGGCUUCCUCAAACUCGGCCCUCCAGAUGUUUUUGGCCUACAACUCCCAUGAUCCCUAGCUAGCAGGACCAGUGGUCAGGGAUGAUGGGAAUUGUAGUCUCAAAACAUCUGGAGGGCAGAGGUUGAGGAAGCCCGGCCUUACAGCUGGGUGCUGGAGGCAGGAAUAAAUUACAGCGGUACCUUGGGUUAAGUACUUAAUUCAUUCCGGAGGUCCGUUCUUAACCUGAAACUGUUCUUAACCUGAAGCACCACUUUAGCUAAUGGGGCCUCCUGCUGCCGCCGCGCCACUGGAGCACGAUUUCUGUUCUCAUCCUGAAGCAACGUUCUUAACCCAAGGUACUAUUUCUGGGUUAGUGGAGUCUGUAACCUAAAGCGUCUGUAACCUGAAGUGUAUGUAACCCGAGGUACCAUUGUACGCUGCUUAUAUCAUGAGAUUUUGCUAACUUUUCCAAGCUGAAAAACACACCGUUAGCCCCUUUUUAAUGCUACCUUAGGUUGGUGAACAGUUAGUCUGUCCUGCCUUUAAGGGCUUAUGACUGAGUCAUCUCCAGCCUGGGCAGUUUCCCACAUAGUGCCACUGUUGCCAGCCGCUGCAUAGCAGCAUCAUGCUUAACUACUGACUGCUUCCAUUGAUGUGGCAUCUAGAUUUGGUUCAUGAUGUGCAUAGAAAAAAUUCCAUUAUAAUAUGAUGGUACUGCCAUCACUCUGGAUAAAAGGCUCGGGCAGCAGGAUUUUGUUGAUUUUUCUUUACUUCUGUUUCCACAGUUCUGGAAAAGUUGUGUCUUUAUAUUUGGAGGGACCAGUUCCUGAAGCAGCAGCAGAAGAUAAUGGAUUCUGUUUAAUUGGGUUGAAGGUCACUGAUUUGGAACAGAGAACAGAUGUCUGAUGUCAUUCUGAGAAAUAUACCUGACAAUCCUGAGAUACCAUCAGGAGCUUGAACCGUCGUCUUUUACUAUUGAUUGUCAACACUUGCUCUUCACAAUAUUCUUUUAUAUUUUUUUGCUGAUGAGUUGGAGUGGGGGGCAGAAAGUGUUAACUUUUGCUGAAAUGACGUCCAUACCUUAACCUGGGGAGGAAGUUGGCAUCUUUUAAGCUCCCCAUUUUAUCAGUGCUUCCAAAACUGGAUUGUAAUUCUUUGUGUAUUUAUGUGUAUAUCUUCAAGCAAAAUCCGAUUUUAAUGUAUAUUUCCUCCUCUUUAUAUGUGGAAAGAAAAAGACAAAGAAAGAAAGAAAGAGAACGAAAGAAAAUGAUCUCACUUGUCUCACCCAGUAAAGAAACAAAAUAUGUGACCAAUAGGGAAGAAUUGUGAGUUGAGCUACAGUUGGCCACAGAUAGAUCAGAAUACAUUUGCAUUGGCUUUCCAUGGUGUAGAAUGGUGUGAGAACCAUGUUCAAUGUUGUAUUGGGUCUUGAUUUGGUACAAGUCAUACUCAAAAGGCAUAGUUUUGCUUUGGAAAAGUUGUGUUACUGGUUUACUAAACAGGACUUUAUUUUCCACCACCUUUUAUAAGCAUGGCACUAUGGCAUUGUGUGUUGAAAAUAUGUCAGUUACAUUCAAAUGGAGAGUUAGGCGUACUUAAAAAGAAAGAUUUCAGUGUAUUUAAGCCUUCCUAAGUCUGCAUUGACUUUCACAUUUAUCUGAGUACAGUUUAAUUCUAAGGGAAAGUGGAAAGUCUUUAGAAGCCAGACAAAUAGAUAGCCCCAUCAAUGUUUCUUCAGCCUUCCCUUAGUCCAUUUAAGAAACUGUCAUACCAUCAUAACUUUAGGCAAAUGCUGAACUGGUUUGAAGCUAUCAAGAAAAAUAAAGAUGGUUCAAUUUUUAGUGUAGCAUUUAAUGCUCUCCUGUUUUUGGAACAUCCAUGUCAUGAAGUAAGACAAUUUAUUUUCAAAAAAGUUUUUGAUGAGUAAAGGAUUAUGUUUCCUCUAUAUGUGUGUCCCCUCAGUAGGAAAGUAUAUUUCAUUAUGCUCGCGUACAUUUAGAAAACUCUGAAAAGUGAAUUUAAAUUUCUGAAAAGUGAUUUAAACAAAACUUUGGCUUAUACUGAGCUUUGUGCUCUUAAUUAAUAAUUUUAAAAGCCCCACAAUUUAGGAAACGUUGAGCAGGAGUCACUCUUCUGUUUCGUUAAUGGAGAAUUGCAGAGUUUAGUACUGGUCAGUAUAGGUUGUGCAUAAAACUGGGCAGGCUUGAAAUGCUAAAUAAUUGAAAGGUAAUUAAAAUAUUCAAAGCAUCUAGUGUUUGAUCUUCUAGACACCAAACAUGCCUAGAAGGUCAAGUUAUAUUGCACUUUGUAGCCUUCGUACCUGUCUCAGCUGUGUCUUGCAUGGCUCAGCAGCCUCAUUGUCCUACAUGUAUAGUAAUUUAUUUGAAAAUUAUCUAAGUGAGCCAAAUAAGACCUUUGGGGAGCUGCACAAUGAGUAAAGAAAGAAAAAUGUCACUGGUCUAAUAGUACCAUCUAGUGGUUGCUGUAUGCAUAAUGUAGGCUAACAAUACUGCCUUUCUUCAAAUAGAAUAUGGAAAGUUGUGAGUUUUUUAAAAUUCAUCUAACUUACCUGGAACAGCUCUGCUAAUAAAAUGCAAAAUAAUAAUAUGCAAUGUUCUCAGUGUAUUGGCAAAAUUUGCAGUUCUGCGAUGAAGUAGCCGAUUUAUGAAAAUUAAAAAUGGAACAAUGCUUUUUAUAAACCCUCUUAAAAGGUAUAAAGACAACAGGGUUUCUUUGAACACCAGAAAAGUGAAACACUAAUACAUCAGUUUGUUUCAAAAUAUAACUGAAAUAAUUUUAAAUAGCUAGGUGGAUAAGGAAGGUGAGUGGCCAUUCUUUAAACAUGUACAGUAUCUACAGCCGUUCUUUCAGUUUCAAUUACUACCUUCGCUGACGAAGAUCCACUGGUGUCACAGUGCAAGAAAUAAUAACAUCAUUUUGGUAUAAUCAUUGAACCCUUUUGGAUUACAGAGUUGCCAAACUGGCAGCCUGGAUAAUUGUUUAGCUUUCAAAUUAGCCCAUGAGUUGGGCCAGGAAGUACUGAAUAGUAAAUUGCGGUGGGUGGGUUCCCCCAUCUCUUUACUGGCAGCUAUUUGAGCAGUGCUGCCAGAACAGAUGGCAGCUGCUUGCUAGUAAGCCUCUUCCAUCUGUGUCUCUUGAUUGCAGCUAGUACACACGGUGUAACAGUGGCAAGGUAUUCUCUCCCAACCCACCUCCCUAGGCCCAUCAACUGAAGACUCCAUGUAUCUGCUAACUUUUCUCCAAAAUGAUGGCCUCCCCCCCCCCCCCAUCACACCACUUUCGUGAGCAGUUUGCUUGUUCAGUUUGGAUCAAGUUUGGGAUAAAUGUGUCUUACAUUUGUAAGACAGGGUAGGAGAGAAUAAUCAAAACCAGUAACCCUUUCACUCCUAGUGGGUGCUAGUCCAUGAGGCCUCUUUACUAAUCAAAACAGUGAGCUGGUGAAUAGCACCACAGCAAUCUGUCUCCCUGAAAAGUAGGUGGUGUAUGUAUCUACACAAGUUAGCAUGUGCCUCCUUCUGGACUUAGUGUGAUAAGAUACGAACUUCUUGAUAUGAAUGAAUUUGUAAGAAAGUUUAGUUUAUUCAGUGCAAAAUGGAAACUUUAAAAAGUAUUGGUUAAAGCUCAAUGGCCUCCAAGAAGAAGAAAAAGAAAUACAGGUAGGCGCUUGUUUGUGGAUCAGUUAGAUGUAUUCCAUGUGUGUGUCUACAAUGUGUACAAAUGUGUAAAACAUUCAGUAACAUGGUGUGUUCCAAAAUCAUUUGGGGGAAUCUUUGGUUCUCUCCCACCUUAGUGGCGGCUUCCCCAGUUAGAGUAUGAAUUAGAAAGUUUGUUCUGAUUGCCAAAUGCUAUUUUGAUCACUUUCAUUGUGUGCUUUACAGCAAGUCUGUCAAAGUCAUUGUCCCUGAACUUCAUGUGGCCUACCAGUUAUGGGUUUAGUAGAUGCUUGAUGAACCUUUCAUAGCCGAAGGGGACCUUGAAAGAAGUUUAUCUCACACCCGGCAGGCCACAAAACAUGGCCUGUGAAUUUCACAGCCCUGUUUUACAGUGCUAAGCAAAUGGAAAACCCGCUGUGAAAUGUAACGUGUGUAUGGAAAGCCAUAUUGCAGUAGCUGCAACAAGCUAAAUAAUAAUAAUAAAACAAUGGCAUGGCCUAUGUUAUCCUGGUUCUAAUCUUUAUAGCUCUGAGGCUGUUAAUAAAUAUGUAAAGUUAUCUAAACAUUUAAAUAAAACCUAGUAAUCACAAUGUAAAUUACCUGGCUAGAAGUUGGGGAACAAGCGCUUAGUUCUUGCUUGGGUUUUUUUAAAAAAAAAUACUGAUCUAGGGCCUUUCUAAGCAAUGCAAAGAACACAAAUCACAUUACCAAUAUUUCUGCUUUUAACUGACCCGUCUCCAAAAACCAAAAGCACCAAUAGAUUUUUUCCCCAUGGUGCAGGGAGCAUGUCUCCAUACACAGAUACUGCUUUGUUACAGUGUAUUGCUUUGGCCUCAGAAAUACUCAAGACGAGGCUGCAAACUUUUAGCUUGUGCCACAACUCCAAGCUUUUGCAGUUUCUUCUUAAUCCAAUGUAUUGGAUUAACCGAUACUUUGAUUUUAUAUGUUGUUUUUAAGGUAGAUUUUCAUGGACUAAAUAAAAUACAAACACAAUUCAUGCUCACUGUGUCCUUUGUCAUUCUUAUAACUGCUGUUCUUUGUAGUCUCGUUGUCAUCACACUGAUGGGAUUUGUACCUGGGAAGAGCAACGUUGAGAACUUCUAGCCAGGGAACUAGCAUUCAUCUUUUCCUGAAAGCUGAGGGGCCCAUGAAAUAACACCAUUACUCCACUGAUCCCCAAAAAAUGGUGGAAUGCACCAACUGGGUAAGGAAAAAUCAGGCUUUGGCUUGUGACAAGGACCACUUGCAGAAGCAUUUUCAGGUGCACAUAAAGCUGUGGGAUUCCCUACUGCUUAAAUGCCAAAUUGCAGCCUGGGCAUCUCGGAAAUACCAAAACCUUUUGGUUUAAGACUAAAUUGUGGUUGUGGGAUUUUAGUAUAGCUUGCUUUUUGCAAUCCUGAAAUUCUCAGUGGAACAUGCUUUUAUGUACAUAUAUUUAGGGUCAGGUGAUUAUCUGCAUUUUUAUUACAUAAAAAGAAUUCAUGAUAUUGUUGCAAAUAACCAUGAAAUAACCCUUGCUAAAUAUACACUGGCAGCAAGCGUUGAAGCAAUCCACCAUAUGAUCCACACUAAUGCAGCUACAGUAAGAUUCUGUGCAGUUGUUUCAUUUAUGAAAAUUGCUACCAAUGGAGCAUGUUCAGCAAUUCUGAAGACUUGCAGAAGAGCAUCUGGUGUGUUUGCGCCAAUUGUGCAAUGGUGUAGCAGUUGUAACCCAUCCAUAUUUCUGGACAGUGCAGCAGCUUAGGUUCUUAGAAUGUGAACAUCUAGAAAUGGAAACAUUUCUGUUUUGCAUUAGUAUUGUCUUUAUAAUAUCUGUCCCAAUAACAUUUGCACUCUAUGCAGUUUAGUUCCUCCCCUUUAAUCCACUGUCAUUCAAAUAGCUUGUCAUUCCUAAAGGAUUUUGGAGAGCCAAGUCCUUACUGCCUACUAGUACAAAGCAAAUAUUAAAUGAGAUUAGAUUAAUGCAGAAUAAACGAAGAAUUGGAUUUGGCAUGCCCAUGAUCCUGCCGUUAUGCAUGCAGACAUCUUUUGCAAUAGAAACAGUGUGGUGGGGUAUCGCAUAACAAACCCUGCUAUUUCAACUCAAUAGACUUGACAAGAGAAGCUUGGUACAAUCUCUGCAAGCUUUAUGAACAUGCCAAAAGGGCAAUUACAUUACAAUUAGAAUAAUCAUAUCACCGAACCAAAAGGUAAACGUACACUGACCCAAUCCAGCUAAAAUGGUGAUUUAGGGUUGAAUUUAGAGAAAAAUUGAGAAUGUGGUCAGUCCCUGAUCCCAAUCCACCCCCCCACAAAAGUGUCUCCUCUUAAGUAGCCCAUUUGAUUUUUAGAUCUCACCGCCUCUACAAGCUUCACUGUGCCACAAGCCACCCCAUUCACCAAGUGCCUUGAACUGCCAACAGGUUUGGGGAGGGAAAAGGGGUUGGGGAAGUCUACAAGUACCUUUCCAUGGCUUUUCACUGAAUUUAACCCUUAGGUAGCAAUCAUUUGCAUAUAUCUAGGUGUAAGACCCUUUGAAAGCAGUGGGACUUCUUUCUGAGUUUUUUUUUUAAAAAUAUACUUCUAGUCAAUCUUUUAGAGUGCAUCAAAAAAGGGGGGGUUCAAAUUAGCCUGUGGAAGGCAUUCCAGAUAUAUAGCCAUCAUGGUACCAACUUAACUUCUUUCACCAGUGAACCAGAGCUGAUUAAAAGGUUAGGUGCCUAGAGGUACAGGUGAUCUUUCUAAGUAGCCAGGUCCCAAACUCCUUACAGAGCUGUGAAGGUUAAUGCCAUCACUUUAUAAAUUAAAUGGAGCCUGGAAUUUAAUAGGCAGCAAGUAAUUUGUGCCACUGACUUCAGUGAGGCUGUGUGGGUCUGAGUAGCCCCUUAUGGUGAACAGCCAACCUGUACCACUUGAAAUUGCAGGUGGCAAAACGUAUUUUAUUUCGCCACUUUGUAAAUUAUUUCCUAUAAAUAGCACAGCAAGGAAGGGGCUCGACUAGCCCCUUAUUCCCUGUUGUACCCAAAGGGAGCUUGGUUUAAACAUGCAACACAUGUCCUUGUAGUCUGAACUGGUAUAGCGUGCACACAGGCUAGCUUUGACAUUUUCUGGAGUGGGGCUCUGUCACGAGUGUGAGGCAGUGUGCUUUUUAAAUUUCUGGGGUCCAAGCAAACGAUAAUGGAGUAAAGGGCAGGAAGAGUGGGGACACACUCUGUGUAUAGGUCUUCACAUGCAGCUUCCUGGAUCAGGAACUUGGUGGACUCUGAGCUGCAGUCAUGAAAUCUGAUAACUAUUUAAGAACAUGCUUACCUCUAGUCCUUCUAUUUUUUAAAGAGAAAGCCUUAUAGUUCGAUUCUAUCCCUUCACACGCUUGAUCUGAUGCAAGCACAGGCCCGUGACAGAACAGUUACAUUCAGUGUGUCCCUUUCCAGAGCGGCUGUGCAGUGACAGGCCUUAAUUUGGGGACAUAAGAGGCCCAUGAUCGCGAACUGCAUAGACUUUCCCCUCGCAAACACACACAUUUCCCACAUCAGUUGUUCCUGCUGCUUUGGCCCCCCAAACAGCCUCGUGCUGCAUGUUGAGUCCAUUUCUAAGAUCUGCACAGCAUGUACAUAUGAUCAGCUCACAUUCAAUCACCUUUGACUUGACAAAAAUCAAAUUUUAUUUUAUACCUUUUUUAUUCCAUAAAAUAAUGUAUAAAAACUUACAAACUGGAAAACAUAACUAGACACAAAAUAGGAUGAUACUCAAAUAAAACAUGUAUACAAAAGCAGAUUUGUAUCUGCCUCUCUCCCCCAUCAAACACACACUGCCCCCAUUUCUGGUGGAAUGCCUCUGUUUCUUGAAACUUUCCCACCAGGACAAUUGACCUUUCAAUGGACUCCCUCCUCUCAGGUUAUUUAUACUAUUGGAGAAUAUUAUUAUAUUUAUAUAUUAAAAAGAUAAAAAUCAGCAACUUGAUUUUAAAUUUGCAUACGGUACUAUCCAGAGCAGAAACUUGAAUGUACACUGUGUCCCCUUUAUUUAUUUUUUGCACUUUGACUGGUGCCCAAAUUGAAGGAAAAUAAAGAAUAUAUAGCUUUCCACUCAAUGUUGCACUGUUACUUAAAAACCAACCAUGAUACAGUUUCAUCAUUAUACCAUUUGCUAUGUUACAAGAGGAUGCCAGUAGCUAAAUAUUAUUUAAGACCAGAUUUCCUUUCCCUUAAUUCCUACGUUAAUCACAUAAACUCAGAUUGCUGCUUUGAUAAAAUAAAAAAGCCACAAUGUUUUUCCUUUUUCAGUUACACUAUAAAGGCUCAAAUCUAUUAUUCCCACAUUUAGCACAGGGCUCACUAUGUACAAUUCUUCUAAUUUCUGAUUUCCUUCACGUUUUGGGUGAUAGCUCUGUUCAUCAUUAUCAAUUACUAGUCAGCAGGAUUAAAAAAAAUGCAUACACCCUGUACCAAUUCAAAUGUAAAUAUGCUUUUAAAAAGGACCAAUUUGUGAGACGUUACAAGCAGUGGCCAGUUUGGAAAGGGUGCAUGCACACAUUUUACCUGCAUUUACCUGAAGUACAUACACACACAUACAUACAUUUUUAUGCAUAUAAAACGAUUGCCAUCACAUUAUUACUGCUAUUUUAGCAAAAUCUGGUCCUAAACACAUUUAUCUGGAAGUUUUAAGUCCCACUGCAGUUAGUGGGGUUGACUACCAAGUCACUGUGCUUGGAGUCAAGCCUUAAUAAUACAUUUUUAAUGGACAUAAUGUCAAUGAAGUUACCUGGAAACAAACACUUGACAAUAAUCAUGUGGAUUAAAAUAGUGUUCUUGGUUCAUUAAGGGAAUUUCCAAGCUUUUGUAAAAUGACAACUUUACACAGCUUAUAAGUGUGUAACCAUGAGAAUUUUGUAUCUUCGGUAUUCCCUCAAAAUGCUAUUUGUUGAGAGAAAAUAUUGUAGUUUAAUGAACAUGUUUAGUUUCCUUUCUGUCUUCUUCUCACAUUGCAUCUCACUGCAUUCAAGUAUAUAUAUAUAGAAACAGUCUUAGAACUCGCUUAGAGUAUGUUACAGAUGCAUUUUAGCAUUAUUCACAUAGUUAGCUGAGUUACCCUUAUACAUUUUCUUCUUGGUUAAAAUCAAUUGUUAUAAUGUGAUACAACACCCUUUAUUAAUUUUAUACUUUUGCUGGAAAAAGGAACAGAGCCAGACUUCCUUCCAUGUCAGUGUAGUUAUGGUUGUGGGGAGGGGAGGAGGAUUGGUUUAGUAAAAAUGAGUAAGACAAACUGUUUUCUUAAAAAAUAAUAAUGAUAUGAGCCUCACAGUCAGUCUAACAACACUGCUUCCUGUUCUUUUUUGAUAGAGUCUAAGACCGAAUGGUCACUCUCUGUGGUUUCAGCAUCCCCACCACCUAGCAAAAUGGAUCUAUCCUCGUCUAGAGUAAAGACAGAGUUCUGACUUUGGCACGAAUGUUUGACGACUUCAUUAGGCGUGGAGAACGUUUUGUCACACAAGUUGCAUUUAUAGGGUUUGUUGGUCUGUACCAACAUGUUGUCCAUUUGGUUGCCUUCCUCAAAAGUACAAAGCUCCAGAGUCUGCUUGUCCACCAUGGUGUAGGUGUCCAUGCUUUGGUUUAGACAUACAUGUCGAGCAGCUUGAUUGGCCCGGCAGAAGCUUUUGUCACAGGUGCUGCACUUGAAAGGCUUGCCAGUAUGAAUGUACAUGUGCUCCCUCCAGUGGCUUUUCUGAAUAAAUUUGCGCCCACAAAUGGAACACUCGUACUUCCGCCUUUUAACUUCCCUUUCUUGAUCUGCUUGCUCCAAGU